AUGAUAACCAGGGAGAACACUGAGGGUUUGGAAUGGAUCAAAACCUCAAUGCUGCCCUCUCCAGGACCGUGUGUGUGUUGGACAUUUGGGUUGUUGAUGUCUAACGUGUGUGUGUGUAUGCAUCGUUCCUCUACAGGCAGGCGUGGGACCUGGCUGUGGACAUCUGUCUCUCUCAGCUGCCCACCAUCAUUGAGGAGGGCACCGCCUUCAGGGUAAGUGGUUUUUCUCCAUUUAUCAGUGCGGGUUCCUCUUAACUUUGAGUUAGUCAUGGCAUGUGUUUGUCUAUGUCAGGGGUCUCAAAAUCAUUUUGCCCGGUGUCCAAAUUCAGUCUUCACCAAGGUCCAGCAGGGCCACACUGCAAAUUGUUUUCAUACACAAUACUUUUUUCCCUUCAUUUGAAUACCCCUGAGGCGUUAAGAUAAAUUGCCCUGUGUCAAUCACAUUUUUAUUUAUAAAGCCCUUUUUACAUCAGCAGAUGUCACAAAAUGCUAUACAGAAACCCAGCCUAAAACCCCAAACAGCAAGCAAUGCAGAUAUAGAAGCACUGUGGCUGGGAAAAACUCCCUAGAAAGGCAGAAACCUAGGAAGAAACCUAGAGAAGAACCAGGCUCUGAGUGGUGGCCAGUCCCCUUCUGGCUGUGUUCCCGGGUGGAGAUUAUAACAGUACAUGGCCAUUAAGGCCAGAUUUUUCUCCAAGAUGUUCAAACGUUCAUAGAUGACCAGCAGGGUCAAAUAAUAAUCACAGUGGUUGUAGAGGUUGCAACAGGUCAGUACAUCAGGAGUAAAUGUCACUUGGCUUUUCAUAGCCGGCCAUUUAGAGGUUGAAAUAGCAGGUGCGGUAGAGAGAGAGAGUUGAAAACAGCAGGUCUGGGACAAGGUAGCACGUCUGGUGAACAGGUCAGGGUUCCAUAGCCGCAGGCAGAAAAGUGGAAACUGGAGCAGCAGCACAACCAGGUGGACUGGGGAUGCUGUGGAUGAUAUGUCUGUGUGUUUGACACCUCACUGAUAAAUAACCCCACUAGCUGAUGGAUGGCUGUCUGUCACUUCGGGUUGACUAGUCUUGACUACACACUUUGUUCUUCUUUCACUUUCAUUCUAUUUACCAUGGUAACUGUAACCCUGUCACUUCUAUGAGUUACAAUACCAUUUUAUUUACACUGAUUCAUCACAAACACUCUCCCCGCCCCAGUCAGUGUAUCACUCUAUUACCCCUCUGACCCAGUGGAUGCAGGAGUGAAAUGUCAGGCCUAAUACCUCGCGUGUCACUGAGUCAAUAGAGGUGAUAAUAGCUGUAGUCAACAUAUCACUCCAUUCUGUUAAACCCCUCUGGUGCUACUUGUCCAGUCAAGUGCAACUCAACUCAAUCAUUCAUUAUAAGAUAUUUUCAACACAAGCACUUGAAGGUUUUCCGCUGUGAUAGUCGGUGAUAACGCAUCACCGUUGGUUAGUUUGGGUGGUAUGAAUGGGAUAGUACAAUACAUGCUGCCCUGCCAUAUACAGUCUUCCUCUGUGCUUUUCAACAAAAAUAUAGAAUAAAAUAUAUUAUAAAAUGUAUUAUAUACCCAGAGAUUGACAUUUAGAUAGUUAGUCAUAAAUGAUGCAUUGUUGCAGCUCCCUAUAGAAAUAGCAUAGUCGGUCCGUCCAGAUUUUUUAAAAUUUUAUUUAUUUAACCUUUAUUUAACCAGGUAAGCCAGUUGAGAACAAGUUCUCAUUUACAACUGCGACCUGGCCAAGAUAAAGCAAAGCAGUGCGAUAAAAACAACAACACAGAGUUACAUAUGGGGUAAAAAAAACAUAAAGUCAAAAAAUACAACAGAAAAUAUAUAUACAGUGUGUGCAAAUGUAGCAAGUUAUGGAGAUAAGGCAAUAAAUAGGCUAUAGUGCAAAAAUAAUUAAUACAAUUAGUAUUAACACUGGAAUGCUAGAUGUGCAAGAGAUUAUGUGCAAAUAGAGAUACUGGGGUGCAAAAGAGCAAAAAUAAAUAACAAUAUAGGGAUGAGGUAGUUGGGUGGGCUAAUUUCAGAUGGGCUGUGUACAGGUGCAGUGAUCGGUAAGGUGCUCUGACAACUGAUGCUUAAAGUUAGUGAGGGAGAUAAGUGUCUCCAGCUUCAGAGAUUUUUGCAAUUCGUUCCAGUCAUUGGCAGCAGAGAACUGGAAGGAAUGGCGGCCAAAGGAGGUGUUGGCUUUGGGAAUGACCAGUGAGAUAUACCUGCUGGAGAGCAGACUACGGGUGUGUGCUGCUAUGGUGACCAAUGAGCUAAGAUAAGACGGGGAUUUGCCUAGCAGUGAUUUAUAGAUGGCCUGGAGCCAAUGGGUUUGACGACGAACAUGUAGUGAGGACCAGCCAACAAGAGCGUACAGGUCACAGUGGUGGGUAGUAUAUGGGGCUUUGGUGACAAAACGGAUGGCACUGUGAUAGACUACAUCCAAUUUGCUGAGUAGAGUGUUGGAGGCUAUUUGUAAAUGACAUCGCCGAAGUCAAGGAUCGGUAGGAUAGUCAGUUUUACGAGGGCAUGUUUGGCAGCAUGAGUGAAGGAGGCUUUGUUGCGAAAUAGGAAGCCGAUUCUAGAUUUAACUUUGGAUUGGAGAUUCUUAAUGUGAGUCUGGAAGGAGAGUUUACAGUCUAACCAGACACCUAGGUAUUUGUAGUUGUCCACAUACUCUAGGUCAGACCCGUCGAGAGUGGUGAUUCUAGUCGGGUGGGCAGGUGCCAGCAGCGUUCGAUUGAAGAGCAUGCAUUUAGUUUUACUAGUGUUUAAGAGUAGUUGGAGGCUACUGAAGGAGUGUUGUAUGGCAUUGAAGCUCGUUUGGAGGUUUGUUAACACAGUGUCCAAUGAAGUGCCAGAUGUAUACAAAAUGGUGUCGUCUGCGUAGAGGUGGAUCUGAGAGUCACCAGCAGCAAGAGCGACAUCAUUGAUAUACACAGAGAAAAGAGUCGGCCCAAGAAUUGAACCCUGUGGCACCCCCAUAGAGACUGCCAUAGGUCCAGACAACAGGCCCUCCGAUUUGACACAUUGAACUCUAUCUGAGAAGUAGUUGGUGAACCAGGCGAGGCAGUCAUUUGAGAAACCAAGGCUAUUUAGUCUGCCAAUAAGAAUGCGGUGGUUGACAGAGUCGAAAGCCUUGGCCAGGUCGAUGAAGACUGCUGCACAGUACUGUCUAUUAUCGAUCGCGGUUAUAAUAUCGUUUAGGACCUUGAGCGUGGCUGAGGUGCACCCAUGACCAGCUCGGAAACCGGAUUGCAUAGCGGAGAAGGUACGGUGGGAUUCGAAAUGGUCGGUGAUCUGUUUGUUAACUUGGCUUUCAAAUACUUUCGAAAGGCAGGGCAGGAUGGAUAUAGGUCUGUAACAGUUUGGAUCUAGAGUGUCACCCCCUUUGAAGAGGGGGAUGACCGCGGCAGCUUUCCAAUCUCUGGGGAUCUCAGACGUUACGAAAGAGAGGUUGAACAGGCUAGUAAUAGGGGUUGCGACAAUUUCGGCGGCUAGUUUUAGAAAGAAAGGGUCCAGAUUGUCUAGCCCAGCUGAUUUGUAGGGGUCCAGAUGUUGCAGCUCUUUCAGAACAUCAGCUGUCUGAAUUUGUGUGCAGGAGAAGCGGGGGGGGGCAUGGGCAAGUUGCAGCGGAGGGUGCAGAGUUGGUGGCCGGGGUAGUGGUAGCCAGGUGGAAAGCAUGGCCAGCCGUAGCAAAAUGCUUGUUGAAAUUCUCGAUUAUUGUAGAUUUAUCGGUGGUGAUAGUGUUUCCUAGCCUCAGUGCAGUGGGCAGCUGGGAGGAAGUGCUCUUAUUCUCCAUGGACUUUAGUGUCCCAAAACUUUUUGGAGUUAGUGCUACAGGAUGCAAAUUUCUGUUUGAAAAAGUUAGCCUUUGCUUUCCUGACUGCUUGUGUAUAUUGGUUCCUAACGUCCCUGAAAAGUUGCAUAUCGCGGGGGCUAUUUGAUGCUAAUGCAGUACGCCACAGGAUGUUUUUGUGCUGGUCAAGGGCAGUCAAGUCUGAGGAGAACCAUGGGCUAUAUCUGUUCUUAGUUCUGUAUUUUUUGAAUGGGGCAUGUUUAUUUAAGAUUGAGAGGAAAUUACUUUUAAAGAACAACCAGGCAUCCUCUACUGACGGAAUGAGAUCUAUAUCCAUCCAGGAUACCUGGGCCAGGUCAAUUAGGAAGGCCUGCUCGCUAAAGUGUUUUAGGGAGCGUUUGACAGUGAUGAGGGGUGGUCGUUUGACCGCGGACCCGUUACGGACGCAGGCAAUAAGGCAGUGAUCGCUGAGAUCCUGGUUGAAGACAGCAGAGGUGUAUUUAGAGGGUAAAUUAGUCAGGAUGAUAUCUAUGAGGGUACCCAUGUUUACUGAUUUAGGGUUGUACCUGGUAGGUUCGUUGAUAAUUUGUGUGAGAUUGAGGGCAUCUAGUUUGGAUUGUAGGAUGGCCGGGGUGUUAAGCAUAUCCCAAUUUAGGUCACCAAGCAGUACGAACUCUGAGGAUAAAUGGGGGGCAAUCAAUUCACAUAUGGUGUCCAGGGCACAGCUGGGGGCUGAGGGGGGUCUGUAGCAAGCGGCAACAGUGAGACUUAUUUCUGGAAAGGUGGAUUUUUAGAAGUAGAAGCUCAAACUGUUUGGGCACAGACCUGGAUAGUAUGAUAGCUCUGCAGGCUAUCUCUACAGUAGAUUGCAACUCCACCCCCUUUGGCAGUUCUAUCUAGACGGAAAAUGUUAUAGUUAGGGAUGGAAAUUUCAGAAUUUUUGGUGGCCUUCCUAAGCCAGGAUUCAGACACUGCUAGAACAUCAGGGUUGGCGGAGUGUGCUAACGCAGUGAAUAACUCAAACUUAGGAAGUAGACUUCUGAUAUUUACAUGCAAGAAACCAAGGCUUUUGCGAUUACAGAAGUCAGCAAAUGAUAGCGCCUGGGGAGUAGGAGUGAUACUGAGGGCUGCAGGGCCUGGGUUUGCCUCUACAUCACCGGAGGAACAGAGGAGGACUAGAAUAAGGAUAUGGCUAAAUGCUUUAAGAACUGGUCUUCUAGUGCGUUGGGUACAUAGAAUAAAGGGGGCAGAUUUCCGGGCGUUGUAGAAAAGAUUCAGGACAUUAUGUACAGACAAGGAUAUGGAAGGAUAUGGAAGGAUAUGAGUAAAGUGGAGGUAAACCUAAGCGUUGGGUAACAAUGAAAGAGAUAGCAUCACUGGAGGCACCAAUUGAGUCGGUCUCCACAUGUAUGGGGGGUGGGACAAAGGAGCUAUCUAAGGCAGGUUUAGCUGGGCUGGGGGAUCUACAGUGAAAUAGUACAAUUAGAAAUAACCGAAACAACAAUAAGCUAACCAUAUUGAGAUGGGAGAGAGGCAUAAAGCAAUCACAGGUGUAAUUUGAGAGAGCUAAGACAACAGCUGGUAAUGACGACACAGUUUGGGCUGAGGCUAAACAUAAACAGGAUGCGGUACCGUAUAAAGGAAUAGUCCAGCAGGCAUCAGCUGUAUAGCUGAGUUAUCAUAAGGUCCGGUGAACAGCAAUAGGAUAGUUCGGAGGUAGUUCGGGGGCUGCUAAAGCACUAGCGAGCAAGAGGCCACGGCUAGCGUGUGCUAGCGGGCCGGGGCUAGCAGAUGGAAUCUUCGUGGUCGACGGUGUAACGGGAAGCCGGUUGUAGCCACAUCAGACGAUUUCGUCGGCAGACCAGUCGUGUAGGAUCGGCGGGGCUCCAUGUCUAUACUAGGUGGUCCCGUCCGGUUGACAGAGAGGUAGAUAGCCGGGAGAUGGGCCUAGCUCAGGAUGAUUAGCCAGACCACAACGUCCAUUUUGUUGCAGCUAGCUGGUAGCGAUGAAUCCGGAGUUAAAUGUCCAGUGAUUCAGUGAUUCCGGCAGAAAAACUGAUAUGUUCUGGGUCGAUAACGCGCUGUGCAGACUGGCCGAAUAAUAGUCCAGACUAGAGCUGGCUGGCUGGUAGGUGGUGCAGGCCACGGACAAUGGUGAAGAACCGCUAACGGUAGCUGAUAGCAAGUAGCUAGUUAGCUGGCUACUCCCGUCCGGUAGACCUAGAGGUAGAAAGCCGGGAUAUGAGCCUGGCUCUAGGCUAGCUCGAGGCUGACUGGUGCUUGCAUCGGGGGCAGUGGUGAUUAGCCAAACAGCAACAUUCAUUCGGUUGCGGCUAGCUAGUUGCGAUCCGGUGAUUAAUGUCCAGUGAUUAAAUUAUUCCGGCAGAAAAAUCCAAUGUUCUGGGUGAAAUACCGCUAACUGUGGCUAAUAGCAAGUAGCUAGUUAGCUGGCUAGCUAGUUUCAACUGGAGAUUCUAGAUAAAAGGUAAGUCAAUAAUAGAAUCCGUUCCACAUUGAGUGAGGCGGGUUGCAGUAAAGUAUAUUUUGUAGAAGGAUGAAAAGUCUGAUAGGGAAAUAUGUACGAAAAAUACAAAAAAAAACAGGGUAUUUACAGGCUAUUUACAGACACACGACAAAAACAGGACUGCACUACUACGCCAUCUUGGAUUAGCUAUAAAAGUCUAGCAUCCCGUUAUGGUGUAAUAAUCCACUGCAAUUGUAAUAUUGAAUUCCUAAUCUCUCUGGGGGAAAAACCCUGGGCUUGGGGCUGGGGCUGGCAGGGGAAGAAACCCUGAUUGUGACAACAUAAGAUUAUUACCAGGGCUUGUGUAAGGGCUCCUUAAGCCGUCUACAGUAAUCUUCUGAACUCUCCAUCUCUCUUUUCCUCACUCGAUCUAUGCCAUCUUUACUUGAACUCCGUCCCUCUAUCUAUUUUUCACUCUCCCUCGAACUCUUACUCCAGGGGUGUCAAACAUACGGCCCAUGGCAAGAAACAUUUCAGUGCAGCCGUCCGGACCCCGGUGAAGACCGAAUGCGGCCCGCAGGCAAAAUUAGUUACCCUUGUCUUACUCCCUCCCUCCAUUUAAAUUUUUUCCCUCUUUCACUUGUCUCUCUCUUCCUCCAUCUCUCCUCAAAAGUAAUUUCAGAAACCAUAUCAAGCAGAGCGCAAUGCACUCCCAGUGCAAAAGUUUGUAUGGAAAAAGUUGAAUGAAUCUCUACAGAGCGUGACUCCCUCUGAGUCUGCAGUCCUAUCAGUUCUCCACCUGGCCUGUUUUUAUUUUAUAUUUUAACUAGGCAAGUAGGUUAAGAACAAUCUAUUUACAAUGACGGCCUACCCCGGCCAAACCCGAACGACGCUUGGCCAAUUGUGCGCCGCCCUAUGGGACACCUGUUGAGGUUUGCAUCUCCUCCAUCACUCUUCUGAAGGAACAUCCCUCCCCCUCUUCCCUCUCGCUCUCCAUUCUCUUCCCUCUUUUCCUUCACCCCCGCAUGCUUAAUGGCACUAUAAUUGACCCACCUGGGUCCUCUCUCUCCCCCUCUGUCUUUUGAGAGAUGAGACUUGUUCACCCUCUAUCUGGCUCUCUCUCUCUCUCCAGAGCUCAGAGAAACUGUCUGUUAGUUUGUGUGUGUGUUCGCUCCUCUUGUGUGAGUGUGUAUGUAUGUUAGAGCAUAGCGGUUAUGCUUUGGUUAUUCACAAAUUAAUUUCCUCAACCAGUGCUAAUAUUUCCCUCUCUGCAGCGAGAGAGAGUCUCUGUUGUAAUUGCCCCUGCUAUAUUAAUGGGAUGAUGAUGAUGAAACUGGUCAUGGAACAGUUAAUAGCGGCAGACACAUUGUCAUGACACCACUGCUCUAUGUGGGGCUGAAGGGAAGCAGGUAACAGAGGGGGUGGUACAUAAUGAAGGGACAUGCGUUCACACACACACACUACUGCAGCUAGUCAAGGCUACAAUGGAGGCUUCCUUAUGGAAGGUUGUUAUGUAAUAGGCAGAUUGGUGUAAGAAUUUACUCUGUUCAGUUGGUCGGGAUGUUUGUGUGUGUGUGUGUGCCUGUGUGUGUGUGUGAGACAUAGAGAGGAUGUGUGUUGCAUUAAAGUUUCAUGACUACUGUGUAUUACAUAUUGUAUUAAGAUUAGUGGAUGCAUGUUGCAUUGUAGACAUCGAUGUGCUGAGUUGCCGUGCACAUGCUUAUAUAACUUACAUACAAAACCAAAAUAUAUAAACAUUGUUACAAAACUCAUUGAACUCAUUCUACAAUGAGAUGUAUAGUAAUGUGUGUGCAGUUCAUUACCGAUGCAUUAAGCCUAAUUUGUGUGCUUGUGUGUGUGAGAGAAGGGUGUGCUAGAUCAGUAUGAAAAUGUAUGCACUCACUAACUGUAUGUCGCUCUGGAUAAGAGCGUCUGCUAAAUGACUAAAAUGUCAAAUGUAAAUCUAACUAUGAAAUGGAUAAUGCUGUUGUGUAUUUGAGAGGUCACAGCUGUGUUUGUAUGCAGGUCAAGAUACACUACAUGACCAAAAGUAUGUGGACACCUGCUCGUCAAACAUCUCAUUCCAAAAUCAUGGGAAUAAAUGUAGUUGGUCCCCCCUUUGCUGCUAUAACAGCCUCCACUUUUCUGGGAAGGUUUCCACUAGAUGUUAUGUUGGAACAUUGCUACGGAGACUUGCUUCCAUUCAGCCACAAGAGCAUUAGUUAGAUCGGGCAUUGAUAUUGGGCGAUUAGGCCUGGCUCGCAGUCAGCGUUCCAAUUCAUCUCAAAGGUGUUCGAUGGGGUUGAGGACAGGGCUCUGUGCAGGCCACUCAGGUUCUUCCACACAGAUCUCGACAAACCAUUUCUGUAUGGACCUCGCUUUGUGUACGGCGGCAUUGUCAUGCUGAAACAGGCAAGGGCCUCCCCAAACUGUUGCCACAAAGUUGAAAGCACAGAAUUGUCUAGAAUGUCAUUGUAUGCUGUAGCGUUAAGAUUUCCCUUCACUGGAACUAGCCUGAACCAUGAAAAACAGCCCCAGACUAUUAUUCCCCCUCCACCAAACUUUACAGUUGGCACUAUGCAUUGGGGCAGGCAGCGUUCUCCUGGCAUCCGCCAAACCCAGAUUCGUCUGUUGGAGUGCCAUAUGGUGAAGCGUGAUUCAUCACUCCAGAGAACACGUUUCCACUGCUCCAGAGUCCAAUGGCGGCAAGCUUUACGCUACUUCAGCCAACGCUUGGUAUUGCGCAUGGUGAUCUUAGGCUUGUGUGCGGCUGAUAGGCCAUGGUAACCCAUUUCAUGAAGCUCCCGACGAACAGUUAUUGUGCUGACGUUGCUUCCAGAGGCAGUUUGAAACUCGCUAGUGAGUGUUGCAACCGAGGACAGACGAUUUUUAUGCACUACGUGCUUCAGCACUCGGUGGUCAUGUUCUGUUAGCUUGUGUGGCCUACCACUUUGCGGCUGAGCCGUUGUUGCUCCUAGACGUUUCCACUUCACAAUAACAGCACUUACAGUUGACCGGGCCAGCUCUAGCAGGGCAGAAAUUUGACAAACUGACUUGUUGGAAAGGUGGCAUCCUAUGACUGUGCCACAUUGUAAGUCACGGAGCUCUUCAGUAAGGACAUUAUACUGCCAUUGUUUGUCUAUGGAGAUUGCAUGGCUGUGUGCUCGAUUUUAUACACCUGUCAGCAACGGGUGUGGCUGAAAUAGCUGAAUCCACUCAUUUGAAAGGGUGUCCACAUACUUUUGUAUAUAUAUAUAGUGUAUGUACUCUGUGUGAGUGAGCCUAGUAUCAAUGUACUGUAUGUAUUUAGAUGUAUAUUCAUAAUUGAUUUAUUAAAACGAUUGUGUGUGUGUUUCCCCCCAACAGCACAGUCCAUUCUUUGCGGAGCAGCUGACAGCAUUCCAGGUGUGGCUGACCAUGGGAGUGGAGAACAGGAACCCCCCCGAACAGCUCCCCAUCGUACUGCAGGUAUACACACACAUCCAUACACCCAAACACCAACGGGCGUAAAAUAUCUACCCUCCCCGAAAAACAUCUGUUUCAGUUUUCUGAGUCUUUCCCUUUAAAUCGCCAUAGAAACGGCCCCUCUCAACGUUGAUUGACCAGGGUUCGAAGCCACGGAUCUGGAGAUGAAAAUGACAAGGGUAUCAAGUUGAAUUUGAUUGGUCCAAAGUGCGGAAACGCCUCCUAAUCUUACAACCUCCCAACGCCGAAAUAUGGAAGAGAGACAACCAAGACCGGUGUGAUCUAAACUAGCUACGGUCCCAACAAACUAACGUUCUUAUUUAAUCAAUAUGUAUAUUAAGGUUAUAAUAUUGUAGAGAACAAUCUGAUUAAUUGUAUGUGAUUCGUAAUGACAUAGGCUAAAGACAACUAGGUUUAGACUAGGGCUGUCAAACGAUGAUUAAUUGCAAAUAAUCGCAUUAAAUUCUGUAGUUAAUCGCGAUUAAUCGCAGAUUUUUUAUUUGCUCAAAAUUGGUGCUUAAUAAAGAGUUUUCAUUGUUUCUUUCUUUCUUCUUUAAGCUGUGUAUUGAGUUGUAGGUGUGUAGGGACUGAAACACAAAAAAUAUUCUGUAUCAGAAUACAACAUUCCUGUAAUUAUGCUCCCAGUAGGCCUACUCCCUCAUACAUUUUCUUGAAGUUCACAAACACACACACACAGUUAUAGCUUUAGCCAUUCCAAAUGAUUGUUCUCCUAAUUACUGAUUGGAGGGUUGGCUAUAAGAAAAAAGAACUGGCUCUAUGGAUAAAAAGAGCAUAAAUCUGUCCAACAAUGUCAUGAAUUCCACAGAACAUAAACCUGUGACCAUAUACUUCAGUCGUCCUCCUAUUUCUUUCACUGAGCCAGUUGCUAAGACAAACAAGCCUGUUGACAUUUUGAGAUGAUAAAGCUGCUCUCUUCUUCUGUACGAUACGCCCAGAGAGUGAAAACAGCCUCUCACAAGGUACUGAUGUGGCAGGCGUUGCCAGGUACCUUCGUACAAUGCAGGCCAGCCUGGUGUGUGCCCCUGCAUGCUGUGACCACCACUGUAGUGGACAGUCCUCCUUGCUGAUGCUGGGCUCUGUUGCUUUAUCAGGUUGCUGUGCAGGCCUCUCUUCCUUCAGCAAGUUGCACCAAAGUUUCACCAAAGCCCACACCUCUCAAGUCUGGAAACGCACUUCAGGUCCUUAAUACUUGGGUCGAGUGCUGUGGCCAUGUGAGGUUGGUGUUUUACUUGCGUUUCUCCAGGUCUGUUGUGAAUGUCAGCUUGAAUAUUACCACGUAGGCAGGGUCAUCAUCGGAGCUCUCCAUUACUCAAAGGAGAUGGCACAUAGCAGGCAACACCACUGAGCAGGAAAUAUACUUCUCUCCUCCCAGAAAUUCAGUCAAGUACCUGCAGUGGAAGAUAAUUGACUGCAGUGAUUUUGAAUUAUUAGAAACUUGUUAUACACAGACACAUACUCUCACUCACACACACAUACUCUCUCACACACACACACUCUCUCACACACACACACUCUCUCUCACACACACACACACAUUUGACACUCUCUCACACACACACACACACUUCACAAUCGUAUUAUAACACUAAUAGUGUGAUAAAGAAGAUUACCUGCAGGGCUCCAGUAGUGCCUCCAGCUUCUGCAGUUUCUCCAGUUCAGCUGGGCCAGAGCAUCUCUGUGGUUGUUGGUUUCUGUGGACAGGCUUUACCAUUUCCAGAGUGGAAUUUCAUAUUGUUGUGACAUCUUGUGUCAGUGACAUCUUUUGCACAUUUACAAAUUGCAGUUGUCCUAGCUCUGCAGCGUUUGGUGGGCUGUGUUUGAAAUGCCCCCCCCCAAAAAUUCGGCAUUUGGCUAGGGCAUUGUCCAACCCCCUGUUCUGUAUGGACACUGUAAUGGACCUUUUGGAGACUGUGCGCGGUGCAGGGCAGGUGUUCAAAAGGAAGUUGUCUCCCAGUUGCAAUCAUGUUCCGUGCAGUGUGGUAACUUUGUUGUCAAUGUUCCACUGCUUUGCUACAACCAUGAAAUGUUUGGCACACGUUUCAGUAUAGUGCAUAUUUUCUGUCUUCAUUACGGCCAGAGCGUGUGAAUGCAGUUUAAAGUUUUCAUCGAUGUGGUGCGCAGUAACCCCAAGGUAGUUGUGCUUACUCACCAAAGUCCAGUGGUCUCCCGUGAGAGCAACAGCCGUUGCAUGUUUCAACUCCGCUUUCGUAGCCCUCUCGCUUUCAUACAGCUUGUGUAUUCUUGUAACGACGGUGGCUCUCGAGGGUAACUAAUACCCUUGAGUUGUUCGUUGCGAUCCGAAUGAUAUCCCGCAAGCCUUCGUCCUCCACAAUGUGGACUGCAAGCUGUAGCUAUCCACUUGGCUAUUGCUUGUGUUAUUUUGCUGCUCUUCGUCUUGUCCAUAGGCCUCCCACGCGCACACUCUUCUAGCUUAGCCUGCAGAAAGAUGUCCUCCAUUGCUACUAGCAACGUUACUUUUAGUGCUGGCGUCAGCGGUGUGUUUCGCUUGUAAAUUAUAAGUAACUUCGGUGAUAAACAAAUUCAGCCUUACAGUAGAUGCAAACUACUUAGGUUUUAUCCAGAGAGCCAUCUGGGAGGAAUUUGAAAUUGAAUUUGCCAUUUAAAAGCCCCUUACUAGCAUUCUCCAUCAUUCAGUCAUACAAGUAGCUAGCUAGUAAAGUGGUCCUCCAGGGCCGGCAGGGAUGUAGCUCAGUUGGUAGAGCAUGGCGUUUGCAACACCAGGGUUGUGGGUUCGAUUCCCACGGGGGGCCAGUAUGAAAAAUAUAAUGUAUGCACUCACUAACUGUAAGUCGCUCUGGAUAAGAGCGUCUGCUAAAUGACUAAAAUGUAAAAAAUUUAAUGCUGAAUGUAUGUUCAUGUCAUUGUCACCAAUCAACUGCAUUACACUCAAACAUUAUUCGAAUUUAGAUGCUAACGAAUGCUAACCAUAAGUUACUGCAUCUGAUGGUUAGCUAGCAUGCUAGCUAGCCCGACUUCUACAUCCAAAAUAAGUGUUUGCAACAAUAACAGCCAAGUUUAAUCUUAAACAACAGUCCAAACAACAUGUAGGCCUGUUGGAACACAACAUUUAUUUUGAAAUGUACAGGCAAAUCACUACGGAAUCCUAGUCUCAUGAAUAAAGCCUGUGUCUUUGGUGCUUACAUUAGCAAUGCUAAGUAGCUAACCCAGCUGUAUCUGAAAUAGUGUUUUCAACAAUAACUAAAUGCACCCUUAGCGACUGUCCAAGCAACUAUCAAACAACACUGUAGGCCUUUUGGAAUUAGUAAAAAGUAUGACGUUUACAAGUAAUUUACUACGAAAAUAUAGGCUAUUGGAAACAACGCAAUGGAACUACAACUUCAUCGGUGAUGGUGGGAGUGGUUUUGCCGAAUGGAAUCGGAGUUUGAGCCUUGAACAACAGAACAUUAUUGGCAUAAGCUGACUAAAUGUCAUUAUAACAAGAGCAACAUAGCAGGGAGUUCCAAUAUGAUCAGAAAACUACAGACGGGUUAUAUAGAAAGCUGAAAAUGACUGGCCAUAAUUUAUUUUAAUAGUCAUCUCAUGACUAUCGCUAGUCAUCUCUAGUCAUAAAACAUCACAGAGAAGCAAUUUUCAUUUUGCUCAUCACUAAAAAGUAAAUAUACAUGAAGUCAUAAAGAUACACUAAAACUGUGUAGGACAUCAAUAAAUACUUAAUAAUAGGGGUGUAACGGUACACGUAUUCGUACCAAACUGUUCGGUACGGGGACCUUGGUUCGGUCCGCACUGUGAACCCGAAUUAAUACAUAAAAAAUAUAUAUACAGUGGGGAAAAAGUAUUUAGUCAGCCACCAAUUGUGCAAGUUCUCCCACUUAAAAAGAUGAGACAGACAAAUUGAGAAAAAAAAAUCCAGAAAAUCCCAUUGUAGGAUUUUUAAUGAAUUUAUUUGCAAAUUAUGGUGGAAAAUAAGUAUUUGGUCACCUACAAACAAGCAAGAUUUCUGGCUCUCACAGACCUGUAACUUCUUCUUUAAGAGGCUCCUCUGUCCUCCACUCGUUACCUGUAUUAAUGGCACCUGUUUGAACUUGUUAUCAGUAUAAAAGACACCUGUCCACAACCUCAAACAGUCACACUCCAAACUCCACAAUGGCCAAGACCAAAGAGCUGUCAAAGGACACCAGAAACAAAAUUGUAGACUUGCACCAGGCUGGGAAGACUGAAUCUGCAAUAGGUAAGCAGCUUGGUUUGAAGAAAUCAACUGUGGGAGCAAUUAUUAGGAAAUGGAAGACAUACAAAACCACUGAUAAUCUCCCUCAAUAUGGGGCUCCACGCAAGAUCUCACCCCGUGGGGUCAAAAUGAUCACAAGAACGGUGAGCAAAAAUCCCAGAACCACACGGGGGGACCUAGUGAAUGACCUGCAGAGAGCUGGGACCAAAGUAACAAAGCCUACCAUCAGUAACACACUACGCCGCCAGGGACUCAAAUCCUGCAGUGCGAGACGUGUCCCCCUGCUUAAGCCAGUACAUGUCCAGGCCCGUCUGAAGUGCAUUUGGAUGAUCCAGAAGAGGAUUGGGAGAAUGUCAUAUGGUCAGAUGAAACCAAAAUAUAACUUUUUGGUAAAAACUCAACUCGUCAUGUUUGGAGGACAAAGAAUGCUGAGUUGCAUCCAAAGAACACCAUACCUACUGUGAAGCAUGGGGGUGGAAACAUCAUGCUUUUGGGCUGUUUUUCUGCAAAGGGACCAGGACGACUGAUCCGUGUAAAGGAAAGAAUGAAUGGGGCCAUGUAUCGUGAGAUUUUGAGUGAAAACCUCCUUCCAUCAGCAAGGGCAUUGAAGAUGAAACGUGGCUGGGUCUUUCAGCAUGACAAUGAUCCCAAACACACCGCCCGGGCGAAGGAGUGGCUUCGUAAGAAGCAUUUCAAGGUCCUGGAGUGGCCUAGCCAGUCUCCAGAUCUCAACCCCAUAGAAAAUCUUUGGAGGGAGUUGAAAGUCUGUGUUGCCCAGCGACAGCCCCAAAACAUCACUGCUCUAGAGGAGAUCUGCAUGGAGGAAUGGGCCAAAAUACAAGCAACAGUGUGUGAAAACCUUGUGAAGACUUACAGAAAACGUUUGACCCGUGUCAUUGCCAACAAAGGGUAUAUAACAAAGUAUUGAGAAACUUUUGUUAUUGACCAAAUACUUAUUUUCCACCAUCAUUUGCCAAUAAAUUCAUUAAAAAUCCUACAAUGUGAUUUUCUGGAAUUUUUUUUCUCAUUUUGUCUGUCAUAGUUGACUUGUACCUAUGAUGAAAAUUACAGGCCUCUCUCAUCUUUUUAAGUGGGAGAACUUGCACAAUUGGUGGCUGACUAAAUACUUUUUUUCCCCACUGUACAUUACCAGUCAAAAGUUUGGACACACCUACUGAUUCAAGGGUUUUUCAAAUUUUUUUACUAUGUUCUACAUUGUAGAAUAAUAGUGAAGACAUCAAAACUAUGAAAUAACACAUAUGGAAUCAUGUGGUAACCCAAAAAGUUUUAAACAAAUCAAAAUAUAUUUGAGAUUUGCACACUCUUGGCAUUCUCUCAACCAGCUUCAUGGGGAAUGCUUUUCCAGCAGGCUUGAAGGAGUUCACACAUAUGCUGAGCACUUGUUGGCUGCUUUUCCUUCACUCUGCGGUCCAACUCAUCCCAAACCGUCUCAAUUGGGUUGAGGUCAGGUGAUUGUGGAGGCCAGGUCAUCUGAUGCAGCAUUCCAUCACUCUCCUUCAUGGUCAAAUAGCCCUUACACAGCCUGGAGGUGUGUUUUGGGUCAUUGUCCUGUUGAAAAACAAAUGAUAGUCCCACAAUGCGCAAACCAGAUGGGUUGGCGUAUCGCUGCAGAAUGCUGUGGUAGACAUGCUGGUUAAGUGUGCAUUGAAUUCUAAAUACAGCACAGACAGUUUCACCAGCAAAGCACCAUCACACCUCAUCCUCCAUGCUUCACGGUGGGGAACACACAUGCGGAGAUCAUCUGUUCACCUACUCUGCGUCUCACAAAGACACGGUGGUUGGAACCAAAAAUCUCAAAUUUGGACUCAUCAGACAUCAGACAGAUUUCCACCGGUCUAAUGUCCAUUGCUCGUGUUUCUUGGCCCAAGCAAGUCUCUUCUUGUUAUUGGUGUCCUUUAGUAGUGGUUUCUUUGCAGCAAUUCGUCCAUGAAGGCCUGAUUCAUGUAGUCUCCUCUGAACAGUUGAUGUUGAGAUGUGUCUAUUACUUGAACUCUGUGACGCAUUUCUGAGGCUGGUAACUCUAAUUAAGUUAUCCUCUGCAGCAGAGUCUUCCUUUCCUGUGUCGGUCCUCAUGAGAGCCAGUUUCAUCAUAGCGCUUGAUGGUUUUUGCACUGCACUUGAAAAAACGUUUAAAGUUCUUGAAAUGUUCCGUAUUGACUGACCUUCAUGUCUUAAAGUAAUGAUGGACUGUUGUUUCUCUUUACUUAUUUGAGCUAUUCUUGCCAUAAUAUGGACUUGGUCUUUUACCAAAUAGGGCUAUCUUCUGUAUACCACCCCUACCUUGUCACAACACAACUGAUUUGCUCAAACACAUUAAGAAGGAAAGAAAUUCCACAAAUGAACUUUUAACAAGGCACUCCUGUUAAUUGAAAUGCAUUCCAGGUGACUACCUCAUUAAUCUGGUUGAGCGAAUGCCAAGAGUGUGCAAAGCUGUCAUGAAGGCAAAGGGUGGCUACUUUGAAGAAUCUCAAAAAACACUUUUUUGAUUACUACAUGAUUCCAUAUGUGUUAUUUCAUGGUUUUGAUGUCUUCACUAUUAUUCUACAAUGUAGAAAAUAGUACUGUGUGUGUAUAUGUGUAUAUAGGAAAAAAACUCUAGGCCUCUUGAGUAAAUCAGAGCUGAAAAACAUUUCAGGCUAUUCCGUUAAAACAACUAGAGCCUAUGCACACGUUGUAAUCAAAAUUCUAAUCUUAAUUGGCGCAUUUCAACCUGUCCUUUUGUGAGGCGCAGCCGGGAACUAGUUCUGUACGAUGGCGAGUGGUGGGGUGGAGAAUCCUCCUGGAUUAUUGACCAUCAUCGUUUAAAUCUCAUUUUGGGAACAAUUUGUCUUCACCAGUAAUUCCCCUAUAUGUAUUUAGCAGCGGCACACCGCCGCUUCUAAAUCGUGGCCACUGCAAAAAAAUAACAUUAUAAUAACAUUCAAAAUGUUUAAAGUGGCUUGGCGGAAUUGCCCUUUUAAAUGUCAAGCAGUUGCGUGCUCUCUGUCAGCCUGGCUGUGUUAAAUCAUGGCCUGCUCUCUAACUACACAAAUAAUGAUUUUAUCUGCCUCGCUAGCGCCUUCAUGCACUCCCUCUCUCUUUCUCUCUCGCUCUCUCUCUGGUUCUCGCUGCUCUUUCUCUCUCUCAUCACCCUGUCCCUCCCCCUUUAUGUCAGGCUAUGUUUUCUUUAAAGUGUCACUUCACAGCAGCAGUAGGCCCAUGUGUUGUUGUGCUGGCCUAGUCCCUCUGCUGUACGGCUCCAUGCUGUACUCUGCAUGGUCAUUUCCCCCUGACUCAGCAGAGCUGUGAGCUGCAGCCUUCCCUCACACGUCCACUGGGGACAGAAAGGCAAAUAAAAACCAAGAGACUGUCUGGUGGAACGAUAGGGGAGGGAUAGUGUGGAUUUUUUAUUUUUUUUGAUGGGUGGUAGUGGAGAGGGUGUGUUUUGUGGGUGUGCACAUGUAGAUCAUUGUGCACACCCACGUAAGCUCUUACACACACCCACGUAAGAACAGACAAUCUUACGUUGAUCUCUAAUAUCUAACGCUAUGACAUUGCGUUCUCAGAGAUUGCAUGUGUGUAAUCCAUUGAUGAGGAGCUUUGGGAAAAUAAGUAAAAGAGAGGAGGAGGGGUCAGAAAGAGAUAAAGCCUCUUGAUGUCAUCAUAGUAACAUACUUCCCAUCUAGACUUCCCAUUGAAACAAAAGGAUUGGGAAAGAUGAUUGUGAUGUCCUACGACUGCCAUCUCAGACGGGUUGGCGUUCUAGGAGACACACUCUCACAAAGCCCAUUCAAUCAUUAUAACAGUAUAGUGAAUCAGUGGGUGGCUGCAGAUUGAACAUCUGUACCAGUUGAUUCACUCCCUGAUGUCUUGUAACACGUGUUACUGAUGAUCGCCCAUGACAGGAUAGUGAAGGAGCAUAUUACUCUGUCAUUUGAACUGGUCUUAGUCUGUUAACUUUAGUUGUGUGUGUGUGUUCGUGCCCGCUGAUGAUGCUGAUUAGUCACUGUCACUUGUGUCUCAGCAUUUGGGACAAGAUUGAUGAGCGACUUUGCUAUUCUGUGUGUGUCAUUAGUGUCUGUUUUAUGAUACCAUCAUUCAGAAGUAUACCUUUUCAGCCCUCCGCUUCCAACCGCUCUUAAAUCGCUGAAUAUUCCUCCUCUUGUAUAACAGACAGACCACAAAUUCCCAGGCUCUCCUUUCCCACGCGUUCCCCUGUAGCGUUGAGGGGUAACCCUGGCACGGUCCAACCCCGGUCUCCUCCUGCGUUCGCUCACGGUCGCUGGGUUGAGGUCACACUGCUCUAAUAAUACACAAAACUAUGAUAGAAAUAGCAGCGUGUGUGUGGGUUGGUCGGGGGGGUGGGCUGUGUGGAAUCCGCUUCCCCCCCCCCGCGCGUCCCUCUCGCACACAGCACGGCACACAGUCGCAUGGGGACACGCCAACGUCCGGCCCUGGUGGUGCUGCCUUGCCAAAAACACACACAAUCUGUUAACAUAAUGCCCCACCCACAUACAGUACACACACAUGCACACAAAUGCAAUGUCAUAUACCGAAUGGGAAAUCACCCAUACACAUGUAUUCAUAUGCUCACCUCAUUACACACAGACCUCUUAUGCAAAAGCGGUAUGUACACCUGAAGCAGUCAAGACACACACACACACACAGAGAGAGAGAGACAAACAAUCGCCAGUGCCAGCAUAUUGGUGAGUGGUGUGAGCCACCUGUUCCACCUCUCCCACUCUCCUCCUUUGGCUCGCAGUGCCACUAAACACAUUGAACACACCACAGUAUUGACCUCUGCCCCCUCCCUGGUCUCUUUCAGGUCCUCUUGAGUCAGGUGCACAGGCUGAGAGCGCUGGACCUGCUUGGCCGCUUCCUGGACCUGGGGCCCUGGGCCGUCAGUCUGGUGAGAAACUAGACAGCAUUCUUGUCUACCGAUACACAAACACAUAUCCAAAUACAAGUUUAGCUAACACAGAUAGUGUCCGUAAAAUGUAUAUCACAAACAUCACAGCACAGUUGAAAAUAUAUGUCAAAUAGAAAUCAAAACUGGAUGGUCUUCUGAGAUAAAUGGGAGGGGUUGAGGGUAGUUGAAGGAUGGGACUAAAUACACAAAAGAUAACUAAUGUAAUAUAUACUGUGUCCGUAAAAUGUAUAUAGUAUGUAUAAUUUAGAAGCCUAAGUAUUGUUGUCCAUUAGUUUACUCCAAUUAGGGGAGGGGUGGUAGGGUUAGGGGAAAAUAAUAAAGGAAUAAUAUAUUAUUAAAUAUAUAGACAUACAUUUAGGGCCUUAGGGGCCUCUUAGUCUUUUCAUUUUGAAGCAGGUGUUGCAAUACGCAAUAGGUGUUGCUAGAAACACACAAUACUUCAAGCCAGUUAUGAUUUCUUUGGGUUUGAACUUUAAAGUGAAUAAUAUCUCUUGUGUGUGUUCAGGCCCUCUCAGUGGGGAUCUUCCCCUACGUGUUGAAGCUGCUACAGAGCUCUGCCCGGGAGCUCCGACCCCUACUGGUCUUCAUCUGGGCUAAGAUCCUGGCUGUGGACAGCGUGAGUAGUAACACACGCGCGUGUGCACACACACACACACACACACACACACACACACACACUGUACACCAUAACACCAAUCACAAUAACCAAACCAUACCAGACUCCAACCUUCAUAGCAAGCAACAUUUAAAUUGUUACAUUUAUAGUUGUACCUAUAAUUUACACUGGAGGCUAUCACAUGGAGUAGCUCUAAUGAGUGAAGCUAUACAGAGACAUGAUUGCCAUAAAGUCAAUAACAGCCCCAGAUAAAAGCAGAAAAUAUGUCUAUCUGAACCCAUUCAGUCAGUUAAUGUCAGUCAAUCACUUUAAUAUCAGUUGACGUUAAUGUAGACUAAUCAUCAUCAGGAGAUUGAGUUGUGCUACUUAUUUGAGUGAAUCCUCAACCAACUGUUAAGUAUUUAGCUAGCUAUUGGAUGUCAAUAUUGGGUAAUGUUCAUAGAGGCCAUAAGUAUGUGAUAGCCCUUUUGGCACAUUUUUAGCUGUUGAAUAAAAUGCCCACCCUAAAACUCACUAACACAAAGCAUUUAGCCUUUUACUUACAUGGUAGAACUAACCGUAUAAUCCUAAGGCAUGGUUUCUCAAACUCGGUCCUCGGAACCCCAAGGGGUGCACGUUUUGGUUUUUGCCCUAGCACUACACAGCUGAUUCAUAUAAUCAACUAAUCAUCUAGCUUUGAUAAUUUUAGUCAGCAGUGUAGUGUUAGGGCAAAACCCAAAAUGUGCACCCCUUGGGGUCCCGAGGACCAAGUUUGGGAAACACUGUCCUAAGGUAGUAGGACAGUCUGUAGUAUUAUAGUGAUUCCUUUGCAUCCAGACCCACGAGUAGUCAUCACAGUGUUAGUGGUUAGAAUAAUCAAAUGACUUUGAAAUGAAAGGACGGGAAGAAAAGUCAUUUUUCUCUGUCAGUUUAGUAGUGUGACUCAGGUAUUGAGUUGCAUUAUUCAAUAAUGUCUAGGCUAUGUCUUUAACCUUAUUUAUAAAUAUUAUAUUGAGUAGUUGCAUAUUUGAAACAUUUCCUCAAGGAGCACAAUAAAGCCAUCUACCUAAAUAGAGGAAAUAAGAGUUAUUUAGGCUGAGUUGAUUCUACUGUAAGUGAAGUGUGUGUGAGUCAUGGGUUUUGUUCACCACUCGUGUAGUAACAGCAGAUUAAUGACGAAGACUGUGACGAAGACUGACUUACUGGAACUGAGGUUUUGAAGAUUGUUUCUCUCUCUAUCUCUCUAGUCAUGUCAGGCAGACCUGGUGAAGGACAACGGACACAAGUACUUCCUGUCUGUCCUGGCCGACCCCUACAUGCCUGUGAGUAUCCACCAAUCAGAGCAUGAGAAAACCGAGGCAAUCAUGGGUGCAACACAAAUGUUACCCUUAACCAUAGAUCUAGGAUCAGAUUGCCCUCCCAUCCUAACCUUUUCCAUUAAAGUUGAAAAAAUAUCUGACCCUGUAUCAGUGGUUAGUGACAACUUCUACCUACUCAAACAUGUUGUGUUCUAUGAUCCAUAGCUCACAGUUAUGAAUGAGGUGUUGGUGAACUGAGUUGAUACAUGGCAGUUGCCUGCCAUGUUAAAACCUUUUCUUGUGUUUUCUGUUUCAGGCUGAGCACCGCACCAUGGCUGUCUUUAUCCUGGCUGUGAUUGUCAACAGCUACACGACAGGCCAGGUGUGUGUGUGUGCUUGUGUGCGCGUGUGUCUGCGUACAUACUGUGUGGGUGUCUUGAGAGAGAAAGGUCACAUAGGAGAGAUGUUAGGGGAGAAUGUGGUAAAUUAUUCGAUAAAGAAAUCACUUUAAAGAUGAUGCUAUUAUAAAGCAAGCCUCACAUUGAUAAACCUCUACGGAAUCGGUGUCCCGUAUACGGGACGGUUGAGCUAACGUGCGCUAAUGUGAUUAGCAUGACUGUUGUAAGUAACAGCAAACUUUCCAGGACAUAGACAUGUCUUAUAUGGGCAGAACGCUUAAAUUCCUGUUAAUCUAACUGCACUGUCCAAUUUACAGUAGCUAUUACAGUGAGAAAAUACCAUGCUAUUGUUUGAGGAGAGUGCACAACAACAACAAAAACGUGUCACAGCAACUGGUUUGAUACAUUCACCUCUGAAGUUAAAUAAUGUUCUUACAUUCAGUAAUCUUGCUCUGAUUUGUCAUCCUAAGGGUCCCAGAGAUAAAAUGUAGCAUAGUUUUGUUUGAUAAAAUAAAUUUUUAUAUUCAAAUGUAGGAACUGGGUUCUACAGUUUGAACCGCUGCUGUCUCUGGCUCCACACCCACCCCACCCGGCCAUCUAGAUGUGUGAAAGUUAAUGUAUAAGCUAAUGAUCCAUCAUGUAUGACAUUCUUGGGAGUGUGUAAACUUACAUUUUUUUUUUAUUACCAUAUCAUUUUUGUAUGUUCUCUAUAGUCAAGUUCUCCCACUUAAAAAGAUGAGAGAGGCCUGUAAUUUUCAUCAUAGGUACACGUCAACUAUGACAGACAAAAUUAUUUUUAAAAAUCCAGAAAAUUACAUUGUAGGAUUUUUUAUGAAUUUAUUUGCAAAUUAUGGUGGAAAAUAAGUAUUUGGUCAAUAACAAAAGUUUCUCAAUACUUUGUUAUAUACCCUUUGUUGGCAAUGACACAGGUCAAACGUUUUCUGUAAGUCUUCACAAGGUUUUCACACACUGUUGCUGGUAUUUUGGCCCAUUCCUCCAUGCAGAUCUCCUCUAGAGCAGUGAUGUUUUGGGGCUGUCGCUGGGCAACACGGACUUUCAACUCCCUCCAAAGAUUUUCUAUGGGGUUGAGAUCUGGAGACUGGCUAGGCCACUCCAGGACCUUGAAAUGCUUCUUACGAAGCCACUCCUUCGUUGCCCAGGCGGUGUGUUUGGGAUCAUUGUCAUGCUGAAAGACCCAGCCACGUUUCAUCUUCAAUGCCUUUGCUGAUGGAAGGAGGUUUUCACUCAAAAUCUCACGAUACAUGGCCCCGUUCAUUCUUUCCUUUACACGGAUCAGUCGUCCUGGUCCCUUUGCAGAAAAACAGCCCCAAAGCAUGAUGUUUCCACCCCCAUGCUUCACAGUAGGUAUGGUGUUCUUUGGAUGCAACUCAGCAUUCUUUGUCCUCCAAACACGACGAGUUGAGUUUUUACCAAAAAGUUCUAUUUUGGUUUCAUCUGACCAUAUGACAUUCUCCCAAUCCUCUUCUGGAUCAUCCAAAUGCACUCUAGCAAACUUCAGACGGGCCUGGACAUGUACUGGCUUAAGCAGGGGGACACGUCUGGCACUGCAGGAUUUGAGUCCCUGGCGGCGUAGUGUGUUACUGAUGGUAGGCUUUGUUACUUUGGUCCCAGCUCUCUGCAGGUCAUUCACUAUGUCCCCCCGUGUGGUUCUGGGAUUUUUGCUCACCAUUCUUGUGAUCAUUUUGACCCCACGGGGUGAGAUCUUGCGUGGAGCCCCAGAUCGAGGGAGAUUAUCAGUGGUCUUGUAUGUCUUCCAUUUCCUAAUAAUUGCUCCCACAGUUGAUUUCUUCAAACCAAGCUGCUUAUCUAUUGCAGAUUCAGUCUUCCCAGCCUGGUGCAGGUCUACAAUUUUGUUUCUGGUGUCCUUUGACAGCUCUUUGGUCUUGGCCAUAGUGGAGUUUGGAGUGUGACUGUUUGAGGUUGUGGACAGGUGUCUUUUAUACUGAUAACAAGUUCAAACAGGUGCCAUUAAUACAGGUAACAAGUGGAGGACAGAGGAGCCUUAAAGAAGAAGUUACAGGUCUGUGAGAGCCAGAAAUCUUGCUUGUUUGUAGGUGACCAAAUACUUAUUUUCCACCAUAAUUUGCAAAUAAAUUCAUAAAAAAUCCUACAAUGUGAUUUUCUGUAUUUUUUUUCCUCAAUUUGUCUGUCAUAGUUAACGUGUACCUAUGAUGAAAAUUACAGGCCUCUCUCAACUUGAAAAUGUAUCAAUUGACCAAUUCGGCACAUUUGGGCAGACUUGAUACAAAAUAGUCCAGUAUUGCAAUGCUUCGCUGGAUCAAUCUGAAACUUUGCACACACACUGCUGCCAUCUAGUGGCAAAUCUAAAUUGCGCCUAAACUGCAAUAUUAUAUUGUGGCCUUUCUCUUUCAUUUCAAAGAUGAUAUAACAAAAACAAUAAUAGAAAACACAUGUUUUUUGUUAUGUAUAUCUUUUACCAGAUCUAAUGUGUUAUAUUCUCCUACAUUAAUUUCACAUUUCCACAAACUUCAAAGUGUUUCCUUUCAAAUGGUAUCAAUAAUAUGCAUAUCCUUGCUUCAGGUCCUGAGCUACAGGCAGUUAGAUUUGGGUCUGUCAUUUUAGCCCUUCAACAGACACACUUCUGAAUUCUCCCCAACUCUCAGUAGAGGAGAUAAUAAGUCAUAUUUUCAACAUGUCCUCACUUUCUGCUCUCUCUCUCUCCUGACAACACUUUGUCAUGGCAACUGUCACCGUAUACACCUAAUUUAUUUCCAGAAACCGCUCCAGACUGUUUUUUUGUGUCUCUUAUUUGUCGUAUUGCGAUGAUGUAGCUUAGCCUUACACAUAGCCUUACAAACCCCCCUCUCUCGCUCUCUUUGUCGGUCUCGUUCGGUCUGUCUCUUUGUCAGUCUGUCUUUCUGUCUAUCUACUGGUAUCUAUUUUUCCAUCUAUUCAUCUUGCUCUUCAUAUCUUUCGCAAACACCAUUCCCUCUCUCUCUCGCUCUCUCUCUCUGUUUACUUAAUGUUCUCCUUCUACCAUUGGCUCUGUGUUAAUAAUAGAUGAGCUCCAACAUUACAAAGACGUGCCGCUCGUUCGACGUUCUCGCCUCCUUGUAUUUAUACAAGCCUUCCAUUCAACUAGUACUUCAUCAUUACUUCAGUUUGUUGGAUUGGUUGGAACAUGUGGUCUAAACUUCAGGGGUUAGGAGUGAUGGUACUCCUACUGGUAGGGUUCAGCUACGGUAUGAUCAAGUUAAAACAUUAUUUCAACUUGUACACAAAUCCCUGAACGGCUCUAGUAGUCUGAUGGAGGAUAGUUUGAUACUGCCACAAUGCAGAGAGUCUGCCAAAAUAGGUAUAGGCUUUCAAAUAGUGGCUUUUCAUAGCCACAAGAACCAAUACAACCCCACAGAAAUGAUGACAAACACUUAACUGUCAAGCAUUGGACAUCUACCCUUCAGGUUCACAGUGGGAGGUUGAGGUUAGUUCCCUGUUGGGUUUGCCCAUAGACUUCGAGAUGGUAAGCUCCGCUUAAAGCCAAGUCAUAAAGGCCUAUGGAUUAGGCUACAGGGUCUCAUCAAAGGAAAUUGUGUGGACGUGUGUGUGAAUUACUGACAUGGCCCCCCUCUUUCUCUCCUCCCUCCCAACUCCUUUCUCGUCCUCCUCCUCCACUCACCCUCUACUUCCCUCCUUUUCUCCCCCUCCCUCCCCAGGAGGCCUGUCUUCAGGGGAACCUGAUAGCUAUCUGCCUGGAGCAGCUCUCUGACCCUCAUCCCCUGCUACGUCAGUGGGUGGCCAUCUGCCUGGGACGCAUCUGGCAGAACUUUGACUCGGCCCGCUGGUGUGGUGUCAGGGACAGCGCCCACGAGAAGCUCUACAGCCUGCUGUCCGACCCCAUACCUGAGGUGAGAGGGAAGGAAUACACCUUUCACAUACACCUUUGGGACAUACACACCUUUCAGACACGCACACACACCUUUGGGACACACACACAGUCACCGAAUGUAACACACAUACCUAGCAGAUUGGGGGUUCAGUGGUUCCUUUAGAAUUUUGAGGACCUGAGGGACAGUGAAUAGUCAGUUUGCCCUGUAUUUCACCCACCACACAUGGGUGAAAUGCAGGACACACGCACACACACACACACUGAGACAUGGAACAUCUGUUGCCUGCAGCCUAGCAGGGCAACCUCUCUCUCUAGAGGCCAAGCAGCUGCUGUGGCUGAAGGGUGAGACUAGGGUCUGCAUCCACUCUGACAUACACAUAUACAGUGAGGGAAAAAAGUAUUUGAUCCCCUGCUGAUUUUGUACGUUUGCCCACUGACAAAGACAUGAUCAGUCUAUAAUUUUAAUGGUAGGUUUAUUUGAACAGUGAGAGACAGAAUAACAACAAAAAAAUCCAGAAAAACGCAUGUCAAAAAUGUUAUAAAUUGAUUUGCAUUUUAAUGAGGGAAAUAAGUAUUUGACCCCCUCUCAAUCAGAAAGAUUUCUGGCUCCCAGGUGUAUUUUAUACAGGUAAAGAACUGAGAUUAGGAGCACACUCUUAAGGGAGUGCUCCUAAUCGCAGUUUGUUACCUGUAUAAAAGACACCUGUCCACAGAAGCAAUCAAUCAAUCAGAUUCCAAACUCUCCACCAUGGCCAAGACCAAAGAGCUCUCCAAGGAUGUCAGGGACAAGAUUGUAGACCUACACAAGGCUGGAAUGGGCUACAAGAGCAUCGCCAAGCAGCUUGGUGAGAAGGUGACAACAGUUUAGGCGAUUAUUUGCAAAUGGAAGAAACACAAAAUAACUGUCAAUCUCCCUCGGGCUAGGGCUCCAUGCAAGAUCUCACCUCGUGGAGUUGCAAUGAUCAUGAGAACGGUGAGGAAUCAACCCAGAACUACGCGGGAGGAUCUUGUCAAUGAUCUCAAGGCAGCUGGGACCAUAGUCACCAAGAAAACAAUUGGUAACACACUAUGCCGUGAAGGACUGAAAUCCUGCAGCGCCCGCAAGUUCCCCCUGUUCAAGAAAGCACACAUACAGGCCCAUCUGAAGUUUACCAGUGAACAUCUGAAUGAUUCAGAGGAGAACUGGGUGAAAGUGUUGUGGUCAGAUGAGACCAAAAUGGAGCUCUUUGGCAUCAACUCAACUCGCCGUGUUUGGAGGAGGAGGAAUGCUGCCUAUGACCCCAAGAACACCAUCCCCACCGUCAAACAUGGAGGUGGAAACAUUAUGCUUUGGGGGUGUUUUUCUGCUAAGGGGACAGGACAACUUCACCGCAUCAAAAGGACGAUGGACGGGGCCAUGUACCGUCAAAUCUUGGGUGAGAACCUCCUUCCCUCAGCCAGGGCAUUGAAAAUGGGUCGUGGAUGGGUAUUCCAGCAUGACAAUGACCCAAAACACAUGGCCAAGGCAACAAAGGAGUGGCUCAAGAAGAAGCACAUUAAGGUCCUGGAGUGGCCUAGCCAGUCUCCAGACCUUAAUCCCAUAGAAAAUCUGUGGAGGGAGCUGAAGGUUCGAGUUGCCAAACGUCAGCCUCAAAACGGCAGGUAGCUUAGUGGGUAAGAGCGUUGUGCCAGUAACCGAAAGGUCGCUGGUUCUAAUCCCAGAGCCGACUAGGUGAAAAAUCUGUCGAUGUGCCCUUGAGCAAGGCACUUAACCCUAAUUGCUCCUGUAAGUCGCUCUGGAUAAGAGCGUCUGCUAAAUGACUAAAAAUGUAAAAAAAAAAUGUAAAAUGUAAAAACCUUAACGACUUGGAGAAGAUCUGCAAAGAGGAGUGGGACAAAAUCCCUCCUGAGAUGUGUGCAAACCUGGUGGUCAACUACAAGAAACGUCUGACCUCUGUGAUUGCCAACAAGGGUUUUGCCACCAAGUACUAAGUCAUGUUUAGCAGCGGGGUCAAAUAAUUAUUUCCCUCAUUAAAAUGCAAAUCAAUUUAUAACAGUUUUGAAUGUGGGUGUAUCUGUCUCUCCAUGCAUACAUACAGACUGCAUUCUGAGGGGAGAAUAGCAAGGGUCAUCCCUUUUCCUCACUGUAUGUUGUGAGUGCCAUACAUCACAGCUGAAGAAUUGGGAUUUGAAUCCCAGGGACAUUGGAGAACCCAGGCACACACAAACCACAAUCUAAAAACGUAUAUUUAUUACUUGACUAGUUUGAGCAGCUCCCUCCUCUUCAGUUCCUCUCUUUAAAAUGAAGGUGUGUGUCUAGUACCCCAUAGAACGCAGAGGGAGAGAGAUGGACAGAGUGAGAGGACUGGAGAGAACAGAGGGAGGCAGAGGGAGGAAGAUAGAUCAGUGACUAAGCAGAAAGGGGUUUUAAUUAACUUUCAGCUGAGGCCUGUUGGGGGGGUUUCUCAAGAGGAGAGGUAUAUUUACUCUUUGCAACACACACACACACACACAGGGCCAGAUUUGAGUUUUGCAUAUGACAGGCACUGCACUGAGAGAGAUACUUAGAGAAUACUCAAUGGAUUAUGUGGACCGGCACUUUCUUAGAUUACAAUUUAGAAGUAGGAGUUAUUGUUACUUAGCUUAUGCAGUAACUUAGUGUGAUGGGAGGUAUUGCGUGACCAAUGGUGAAUUAUUAUUUUCAGGCACCUUUGAUUUUCUCAGUAAAUAUGUCUGCAUUAGAAAUGAGAGGAUUAAGUAGUGAGUAUUAGUAUUGAUUCCCCUUUAAAAAGCAGUACCAAAGCAAUCUAACCAAUGACUGACCAAUGACUUGGUCUGGAUCCAACCAGGAAGUGACUAGGGACUGGCUUCUCUUGGUACCAAACUAUCCCCGGUCUCCUCAGGUGCGCUGUGCGGCGGUGUUUGCCCUGGGGACAUUUGUGGGGAACUCAGCUGAGCGGACGGACCACUCUACGACCAUCGACCACAACGUGGCCAUGAUGCUGGCACAGCUCAUCAACGACGGCAGCCCUGUGGUCCGCAAGGUGGGUCACACACACACGUACACACUUCUUUUUCUCAUCUCGCUAUUUCCAAUGUUCUUGGUAAGGUCGUUGACUGAUUUUACUGUGGCUGGUUGACCAUGAUACGUCUUUUGCUGUGGUUGACUAGGUUCUACCAUGUGUGUUGGAUUAUGGUUGACUAUGUGGUCGCGUUGUGUUCUCCAGGAGCUGGUGGUGGCUCUGAGUCACCUGGUGGUUCAGUAUGAGAGUAACUUCUGCACCGUGGCCCUGCAGUUCAUGGAGGAGGAGAAGAACUACACUGUACCCUCACCUGCCAACACCUUAGGUACACACACACACACACACACACCACAUGCACACACUUCGAUCUUCUGUCAUAAUCAUUACAAUAGGAAGUAAUUGACGUGUAUUGUUGUAAAGCACACUGGUCCACUCAUACUAACUGCUGUACAUGUGAAAUGGGGUUUAGGGAUCUGAGGGAGUUUUAAUGAAAUAUGCAGCAUGUUUUGAUAGAGCACAUCAAUAUUUAAAAUGACCUUUAUUACCUAUUCUCACAUUGAUUGUCAUGUCGCUACUGUAUUCCAUUUAGUGCCAAAUGAAUCAGUUAAUUGACCUGUGUGUGUCUGUACAGAGCCUGGUAACCUGACUCCAGUGCGCGACAGCCCGGCCGUCCCUCGGCUGCGUUCAGUCAAUUCCUACACCAACAUCAGAGCUGCCACCACCGCACGCAACCUCAACAAGAGCCUGCAGAACCUCAACCUCAACGAAGAGGGUAGGAGAGAGAGAUGGAGAGGAUGACAUCGAGGCUGAAAGAAAGAGAGAUGGAAAUAAAGGGAGAGAUACAUGUGGUUAUGUACUGUAGAGGGAGAUGGAGAGAAAGAAAUGGACGUAAGGGUAGAGCCUCUCUUCUUUCCGAAAGAGUUACUUGAAGUGAUUUGAAGAAUCAUCAUCAUAGUUACGAUGGCAAAGUCACGACAGAGAAUAUAAUCCUCCUCGGGUUUACCACGCUGAUGCUAGGGCUUAGCGUGUGUUUGUGUGUGUUGGGGUUGGGGGGGGGGGGGGAUGUCAGCUCAUUCUAGCUGAAGGCCCUGUCAGCACAGCCACAUGGCAAUAUAGCCAUGCUGAGUAAUACUAGCUGCUAGCACGUUAGCUUACAGCUUACAGCCUCUCUCGAUCCACAUCGUCCACUCAUUCUAACUGACAGCGGUUCUUGUCACCAAUAACCAUGACAAACCGUUUAGCCUGCCUUGCCUACUCCCAAUCCCCAUCUCAAUAUGCACUCCGUCACAGGGAUAUAUGGUGGCCAUUUUGUGUGAGUCAGACGAUGAUAAUGGGAAGUUGUGUAGAGUUAUAGAGUGUGAUGACUCGGGAGGACAGUUAGAAUAGGCUGGGGAGAUUGAAUGGAAGGUCCAGUCGAUAGCUUGUAGUUUCUAGUUUUCUAGCUAGAGGCAGAUUUGGUGGGUGGGGGGGGUGUUUGAUUUCUUGAGCUAGCAAAAAGUUAACACUUCACUUUACCUGCAGAAACACACACAUACACACACAAAAUCAAAAAUCAGAACAGAACAAGUACUUUAUUUUCAAGCUCCAUUUGUUACUGGUCCAUAUGCAUUACAUCAGGGUAUAGUUAUUCUGGUAUAAUAUGGUAUAUUUCAGGGUAAACACUACCAUUCAAAAGUUUAGGGUCACUUAGAAAUGUCCUUGUUUUUGAAAGAAAAGCAAUUGUUUUGGCCAUUAAAAUAACAUCAAAUUGUUCAGAAAUACUGUGUAUACAUUGCUAAUGUUGUAAAUAGCUAUUGUAGCUGGAAACGGCUGAUUUUUAAUGGACUAUCUACAUAGGCGUACAGAGGCCCAUUAUCAGCAACCAUCAGUCCUGUGUUCCAAUGGCGCGUUGUGUUUGCGAAUCCAAGUUUAUAAUUUUAAAAGGCUAAUUGAUCAUUAGAAAACCCUUUUGCAAUUAUGUUAGCACAGCUGAAAACUGUUGUGCUGAUUAAAGCAGCAAUAAAACUGGCAAUUGUGGGUUCGAUUACAGGCUCAAAAUGGCCAGAAACAUUUAUAUUUCAGUCAUUUAGCAGACGCUCUUAUCCAGAGCGACUUACACUUGAGUGCAUACAUUUUCAUACUGGAAACAAAGAACUUUCUUCUGAAACUCGUCAGUCUCUUCUUGUUCUGAGAAAUGAAGGCUAUUCCAUGCGAGAAAUUGCCAAGAAACUGAAGAUCUCGUACAACGCUGUGUACUACUCCCUUCACAGAACAGCGCAAACUGGCUCUAACCAGAAUAGAAAGAGGAGUGGGAGGCCCCGGUGCACAACAGAGCAAGAGGACAAAUACAUUAGUGUCUAGUUUGAGAAACAGACGCCUCACAGGUGCUCAACUGGCAGCUUCAUUAAAUAGUACCCGCAAAACACCAGUCUCAACGUCAACAGUGAAGAGGCGACUCCGGGAUGCUGACCUUCUAGGCAGAGUUGCAAAGAGAAAGCCAUAUCUCAGACUGGCCAAUAAAAAGAAAAGAUUAAGAUGGGCAAAAGAACACAGACACUGGACAGAGGAAGAUUGGAAUAAAGUGUUAUGGACAGACAAAUCGAAGCUUGAGGUGUUCGGAUCACAAAGAAGAACAUUUGUGAGACGCAGACCAAAUGAAAAGAUGCUGGAGGAGUGCUUGAUGCCAUCUGUCAAGCAUGGUGGAGGCAAUGUGAUGGUCUGGGGGUGCUUUGGUGGUGGUAAAGUGGGAGAUUUGUACAGGGUAAAAGGGAUCUUGAAGAAGGAAGGCUAUCACUCUAUUUUGCAACGCCAUCUCAUACCCUGUGGACGGCGCUUGAUUGGAGCCAAUUUCCUCCUACAACAGGACAAUGACCCAAAGCACAGCUCCAAACUAUGCAAUAACUACACUGCUCAAAAAAAUAAAGGGAACACUUAAACAACACAAUGUAACUCCAAGUCAAUCACACUUCUGUGAAAUCAAACUGUCCACUUAGGAAGCAACACUGAUUGACAAUAAAUGUCACAUGCUGUUGUGCAAAUGGAAUAGACAACAGGUGGAAAUUAUAGGCAAUUAGCAAGACACCCCCAAUAAAGGACUGGUUUUGCAGGUGGUGACCACAGACCACUUCUCAGUUCCUAUGCUUCCUGGCUGAUGUUUUGGUCACUUUUGAAUGCUGGCGGUGCUUUCACUCUAGUGGUAGCAUGAGACGGAGUCUACAACCCACACAAGUGGCUCAGGUAGUGCAGCUCAUCCAAGAUGGCACAUCAAUGCGAGCUGUGGCAAGAAGGUUUGCUGUGUCUGUCAGCGUAGUGUCCAGAGCAUGGAGGCGCUACCAGGAGACAGGCCAGUACAUCAGGAGACGUGGAGGAGGCCGUAGGAGGGCAACAACCCAGCAGCAGGACUGCUACCUCCGCCUUUGUGCAAGGAGGAGCAGGAGGAGCACUGCCAGAGCCCUGCAAAAUGACCUCCAGCAGGCCACAAAUGUGCAUGUGUCUGCUCAAACGGUCAGAAACAGACUCCAUGAGGGUGGUAUGAGGGCCCGACGUCCACAGGUGGGGGUUGUGCUUACAGCCCAACACCGUGCAGGACGUUUGGCAUUUGCCAGAGAACACCAAGAUUGGCAAAUUCGCCACUGGCGCCCUGUGCUCUUCACAGAUGAAAGCAGGUUCACACUGAGCACAUGUGACAGACGUGACAGAGUCUGGAGACGCCGUGGAGAACGUUCUGCUGCCUGCAACAUCCUCCAGCAUGACCGGUUUGGCGGUGGGUCAGUCAUGGUGUGGGGUGGCAUUUCUUUGGGGGGCCGCACAGCCCUCCAUGUGCUCGCCAGAGGUAGCCUGACUGCCAUUCGGUACCGAGAUGAGAUCCUCAGACCCCUCGUGAGACCAUAUGCUGGUGCGGUUGGCCCUGGGUUCCUCCUAAUGCAAGACAAUGCUAGACCUCAUGUGGCUGGAGUGUGUCAGCAGUUCCUGCAAGAGGAAGGCAUUGAUGCUAUGGACUGGCCCGUCCGUUCCCCAGACCUGAAUCCAAUUGAGCACAUCUGGGACAUCAUGUCUCGCUCCAUCCACCAACGCCACGUUGCACCACAGACUGUCCAGGAGUUGGCGGAUGCUUUAGUCCAGGUCUGGGAGGAGAUCCCUCAGGAGACCAUCCGCCACCUCAUCAGGAGCAUGCCCAGGCGUUGUAGGGAGGUCAUACAGGCACAUGGAGGCCACACACACUACUGAGUGUACACAUGUACAUAUUACCUCAACUACCUCAACUAGCCGGUGCCCCCGCACAUUGACUCUGCAACGGUACCCCCCUGUAUAUAUAGCCUCCCUACUGUCACUUUAUUUUACUUCUGCUCUUUUUUUUCUCAACACUUUUUUUGUUGUUGUUUUAUUUGUACUUUUUUUGUUUAAAAUAAAUGCACUGUUGGUUAAGGGCUGUAAGUAAGCAUUUCACUGUAAUGUCUGCACCUGUUGUAUUCGGCGCAUGGUCCUCUGUAGCUCAGCUGGUAGAGCACGGCGCUUGUAACGCCAAGGUAGUGGGUUCGAUCCCCGGGACCACCCAUACACAAAAAAAAAUGUAUGCACGCAUGACUGUAAGUCGCUUUGGAUAAAAGCGUCUGCUAAAUGGCAUAUUAUUAUUAUUAUUAUUAUUAUUAUUAUUAUUAUUAAAAUUUGAUUUGAUUUGAUUUGAGCCUCAUUUUGACUUGUUUUAAGGACAUUACAUCAAAGUUGGAUCAGCCUGUAGUGUGGUUUUCCACUUUAAUUUUGAGGGUGACUCCAAAUCAAGACCACCAUGGGUUGAUAAAUUUGAUUUCCAUUGAUAAUUCAACUACGUAAAGAAAAAAGUAUUUAAUAAGAUUAUUUCAUUCAUUCAGAUCUAGGAUGUGUUAUUUUAGUGUUCCCUUUAUUUUUUUGAGCAGUGUAUUUAGGGAAGAAGCAGUCAGCUGGUAUUUUGUCUAUAAUGGAGUGGCGAGCACAGUCACCGGAUCUCAACCCUAUUGAGCUGUUGAGGGAGCAGCUUGAUCGUAUGGUACGUAAGAAGUGCCCAUCAAGCCAAUCCAACUUGUGGGAGGUGCUUCAGGAAGCAUGGGGUGAAAUCUCUUCAGAUUACCUCAACAAAUUGACAACUAGAAUGCCAAAGGUCUGCAAGGCUGCAACUGGAGGAUUCUUUGACGAAAGCAAAGUUUGAAGGACACAAUUAUUAUUUCAAUUAUUAUGUCAAUGACUACAUUUCCUAUUAAUUUUGCUAUAUUUCCUAUUCAAACUCAUUUCAUGUAUGUUUUCAUGGAAAACAAGGACAUUUCUAAGCAACCCCAAACUUUUGAAUGGUAGUGUUUUUAUUCUGGUAUAAUAUGGAAUAUUUCAGGGUACAGUUAUUCUGGUAUAAUAUAGCAUAUUUCAGCGUAUAGUUAUUCUGGUAUAAUAUGGUAUAUUUCAGGGUAUAGUUGUUCUGGUAUAAUAUGGUAUAUUUCAGGGUAUAGUUAUUCUGGUAUAAAAUGGUAUAUUUCAGGGUAUAUUUAUUCUGGUAUAAUAUGGUAUAUUUCAGGGUAUAGUUAUUCUGGUAUAAUAUGGUAUAUUUCAGGUUAUAGUGAUUCUGUUGUGUAACUACUAUUCUGUAAUUUGUAUGUCUAGGUGGUCCGGUGGCAUUCUCGCCAGGUAACUUGAGCACCAGCAGCAGUGCUAGCAGCACCCUGGGUAGCCCUGACAACGACGAGUACAUCCUCUCCUUUGAGACCAUCGACAAGAUGAGACGAGUCUCCUCUUACUCCUCCCUCAACUCCCUUAUAGGUAGGAAAACUACUAAUCUACACCACCCUUACUACUGACCCACACUACCCUUACUACUAAUCUACACCACCCUUACUACUGACCUACACCACCCUUACUACUGACCUACACUACCCUUACUACUGACCUACACUACCCUUACUACUAAUCUACACUACCCUUACUACUGACCUACACUACCCUUACUACUAAUCUACACUACCCUUACUACUGACCUACAGUACCCUUACUACUAAUCUACACUACCCUUACUACUGACCUACACUACCCUUACUACUGCCCUACAGUACCCUUACUACUGCCCUACAGUACCCUUACUACUGCCCUACACUACCCUUACUACUGACCUACACUACCCUUACUACUGACCUACACUACCCUUACUACUGACCUACACUACCCUUACUACUGACCUACACUACCCUUACUACUAAUCUACACUACCCUUACUACUGACCCACACUACCCUUACUACUAAUCUACACCACCCUUACUACUGACCUACACCACCCUUACUACUGACCUACAGUACCCUUACUACUGACCUACACUACCCUUACUACUAAUCUACACCACCCUUACUACUGACCUACAGUACCCUUACUACUAAUCUACACUACCCUUACUACUGACCUACACUACCCUUACUACUGACCUACACCACCCUUACUACUGACCUACAGUACCCUUACUACUGACCUACACUACCCUUACUACUGACCUACACUACCCUUACUACUGACCUACACCACCCUUACUACUGACCUACAGUACCCUUACUACUAAUCUACACCACCCUUACUACUGACCUACACUACCCUUACUACUGACCUACACCACCAUUACUACUGACCUACAGUACCCUUACUACUAAUCUACACCACCCUUACUACUGACCUACACUACCCUUACUACUGACCUACACCACCCUUACUACUGACCUACAGUACCCUUACUACUGACCUACACUACCCUUACUACUGACCUACACUACCCUUACUACUGACCUACACCACCCUUACUACUGACCUACACUACCCUUACUACUGCCCUACAGUACCCUUACUACUGACCUACACUACCCUUACUACUGACCUACACUACCCUUACUACUGACCUACAGUACCCUUACUACUAAUCUACACUACCCUUACUACUGACCUACACUACCCUUACUACUAAUCUACACUACCCUUACUACUAAUCUACACCACCCUUACUACUGACCUACACUACCCUUACUACUAAUCUACACCACCCUUACUACUGACCUACACCACCCUUACUACUGACCUACACUACCCUUACUACUAAUCUACACCACCCUUACUACUGACCUACACCACCCUUACUACUGACCUACACUACCCUUACUACUAAUCUACACCACCCUUACUACUGACCUACACCACCCUUACUACUGACCUAUACUACCCUUACUACUAAUCUACACCACCCUUACUACUGACCUACACCACCCUUACUACUGACCUACACUACCCUUACUACUAAUCUACACCACCCUUACUACUGACCUACACCACCCUUACUACUGACCUAUACUACCCUUACUACUAAUCUACACCACCCUUACUACUGACCUACACCACCCUUACUACUGACCUACACUACCCUUACUACUAAUCUACACCACCCUUACUACUGACCUACAGUACCCUUACUACUAAUCUACACCACCCUUACUACUGACCUACACCACCCUUACUACUGACCUACACUACCCUUACUACUAAUCUACACCACCCUUACUACUGACCUACAGUACCCUUACUACUAAUCUACACCACCCUUACUACUGACCUACACUACCCUUACUACUAAUCUACACCACCCUUACUACUGACCUACACCACCCUUACUACUGACCUACACCACCCUUACUACUGACCUACACUACCCUUACUACUGACCUACAGUACCCUUACUACUAAUCUACUCCACCCUUACUACUGACCUACACCACCCUUACUACUGACCUACACCACCCUUACUACUGACCUACACUACCCUUACUACUGACCUACACUACCCUUACUACUAAUCUACUCCACCCUUACAACUAAUCUACUCCACCCUUACUACUGACCUACACUACCCUUACUACUGCCCUACAGUACCCUUACUACUGACCUACACUACCCUUACUACUGCCCUACAGUACCCUUACUACUGACCUACACUACCCUUACUACUGCCCUACAGUACCCUUACUACUGACCUACACUACCCUUACUACCAAUCUUGACUAUUCUAAUCCUUUCCUUACUCCUCUCCUCUUUUAUUCCAACUCACCUCUUGUUCCUCUCAGUAGUAAGGGGUAGUAGUAACUACCACUUAAGUCAAAUGUUCACUUAGUCAUGUAUUGAUGUCAAUGGGAGACUAAGUAAAAAUGUUUUACUUAAGUGGAAGUUACAAUUCGCCCCUUUCAGGGCUCCAGACUAACAUUUUAGUCUGGUGCCACUAACUUUUUCAGUUGGUGGAACCAGCCCAUGAUUUGGUCGCACCAUUCUUUUUCGAGGCUUCAAUCAAUACCGUUAAAAUAGGGCUCCAGAAUGUUCAGAAUUUUGUUGUUCAAUAGAGAUUAAUUUGCCUACAUCUUUAUGUGCAUUAAUAUCAUAGGCAAAUUUAUUUGGGGCUAAAACUCAAAACACAUUAGCUAGAUCGCUAACACUAAAUAUAAUACCCACUGCUAGUAGUCAUGUAAAUGUAAUGUCCUAAAGAAACGUUGCAGUUGUAGCCUACUACCCUAUGCACUCGCAAUGGCCGAUGUGCAUUUCAAGUGUUCUGUAUGUCUCAAAGCCAUAUAUACUGAACAAAAAUAUAAACACAACAUGCAACAAUUUCAACUAUUUUACUUAGUUAUAGUUCAUAUAAGGAAAUCAGUCAAUUGAAAUAAAUUAAUUAGGCCCUAAUCUAUGGAUUUCACAUGACAGGGAAGGGGCACAGCCAUGGGUGGGCCUGGGAGGGCAUAGAUCCACCCACUUGGGAGCCAGGCCCAGCCAAUCAGAAUGAGUUUUUCCCCACAAAAGAGCUUUAUUGCAGACAGCAAUACUCCUCAGUUUCAUCAGCUGUCCAGGUGGCUGGUCUCAGACAAUCCCGCAGGUGAGGAAGCCGGAUGUGGAGGUCCUGGGAUGGCAUGGUUACACGUGUUCUGCGGUUGUGAGGCCGGUUGGAUGUACUGCCAACUAUCUAAAAACAACAUUGGAGGCGUCUUAUGGUAGAGAAAUUAACAUUAAAUUAUCUGGCAACAGCUCUGGUGGACAUUCCUGCAGUCAGCAUGACAAUUGCAUGCUCCCUCAAAACUUGAGACAUCUGUGGUAUUGUGUUGUGUGACAAAACUGGACAUUUUAGUGGCCUUUUAUUGUCCCCAGCACAAGGUGCACCUGUGUAAUGAUCAUGCUGUUUAAUCAGCUUCUUGAUAUGCCACACCUGUCAGGUGGAUGGAUUAUCGUGGCAAAGGAGAAAUGCUCACUAACAGGGAUGUUAACAAAUUUGUGCACAAAAUUUGAGAGAAAUAAGCUUUUUGUGUGUAUCUUUUAUUUCAGCUCAUUUCAGGUUGUAAAAUAUUUGCUAUUGAGCUCAAUAUAAAGAGUUGAGAAAAAAAGGAUACCCACAGAAAGCUGAGAAUAUCCUCUCUUCAAUAGUUUCAGCAGUUGUUGCUUCCAACACUGUGUUUUUCCCGCAGUUGGAUUUUUAAAUGUUAUACAAUCAGAACCCUUUUUUCGGGGGAGAGAGUGUGGCUCGCUCGUCACAGCAGGCACCAGCGAAACAGUUACAGGGUUGGUCAGACACUUUCAUUACAGGAAUCUUGAGGAUAAUGCACUUUACUGUUUGACCAAAUCAUUGUUUUAGCCGUCAGAAAAAUAGGACAUUUUGAAACUUUUGAGUGAGGUGACCAUGUAGUGAAUGUUCAGCUCGCGCCGAUGCAACCAAUAAGAUGUUUUACUUGCACAGCCAAGUCAAAAUGUUGCAAAAUGCGACUAAAUGGUCGUAGUCUGGAGCCCUGUCUUCCUAUACUUUCCGCUUUUCUCCUCCUUCAAUUCCCUCAUACCCGUAGGUAAGACUCCUGUUCUCAACCUACCAUCCUCUACUGUUCAACUCACGAGGCGAGGCUCCAAAAGACAUUGAGUGCUUUUCCUGGUUUCACUGAGGGCUGGCCCCGCUCUGUUUCCCCUAUGCUGUGGUGAUUGGCAGAGGCCUUGAUGCGUCCUGACACUCAGUUUGUGUGUGUGGAGAAAGAACAUUAACUCACCAACGAUACGAGGGAGAGAGAGAGAGAGAGAUGGGGAUUCCCUACCUUCUGUUGCCAGUUUGAGAAAUGCCCACAUCACACACCAACUGCCCUUGUAUUUGACAAUAUCCUCCAAAACAGUGGUUCCCAACUCCAGUCCUCCAGUACCCCCAACAGCACACAUUUUUGUUGUAGCCCCGGACAAGCACACCUGAUUCAACUCAUUGAGGGCUUGGUUAGUUGACAAGUUGAAUCAGGUGUGUUGUCCAAGCUACAAUAAAAAUGUGUACUGUUGGGGGUACUGGAGGACCACAGUUGGGAACCACUGCUCCAAAAGACGAGGACACGGCUACACAAACACACACACACACACACACACACACACACACACACACACACACACAGGGGUGGCGUGAGACGAGUACAAGCACACUACACACGCAUCCCUCAAGUGCACCACUGACUCAUGGGAACACACCGCUGCGUUAACUCAGAUUAAUCAAUGAAUCCAGUAUUAAUCAACUCCCACAGGAAGCCGGAUUGGUCAAAUCCAACACAGCCACAUCUAUGGGUCUUUACAGGACACAGUGGCUUGUGCUUUCCAUUUCCAUUCUACAAGUGCUUUCCAUUGAAGAAUAAAUUACCAGGAAAUUGAUAUAAAAUUACAUUUACAAAACAUUUUGGCAGACGUUUCUGUCGCUACCCUUUUAUCCGGUGCGUUUAGCAUUCAUUCAGCCUUUGUCUAACCCCUUCCCAAGCUGCACUGGGGUCCCUAACACAAUCAUUGGGUCUGAUUAAUUCUAAACAGCUUGAGUAUGAAAUUGGCCCGUCGUACACUAUGCUGUGCCCAGUUUAGCGUCCUUACCAUAGAAAUAGUAUUAGUAAUUAUAUUUCCAUGGUCCUUACCUCCCUAUGUGCUUGUUUUCUGACUCCCAACUAGCAGCUCAUGACAUGACAUGGCAUGCAUAAACAAACACCACAUGGGGUUGUACCAUAGAGGGAGGUUUAGCAUAGUGCUGACUCGAUGCCAAAGCAUUUCGAUAUGUAACUUGUUUGGGAGGCUCGCAACGUUGCAGGAGCACAAUUGGGUUGUGUUAGCGAACACUGGUCAGUUACACAGAAUAUAUAGUUGAUUGGGCAAUACCUGGUAGUUGAUAGAAGUGCUCUUCGCAAAGGGAUAGUUCACUCCCAAAUCAACACAACAGAUGGCACAGAAUAUGGACUUAUGAGGUACGCAAACAUCUGACAAACUUAGAAUUUUGGGAGAACUACCCCUUUAAGGCCCUGCGAUAGACUAGCGUCCUGUCCAGCGGGUGUACUUGUACAGCAAGCUGCCUCACGCUACAGAAACAGCUGAUUCUAUUCCCUCUUGAAAAUAACAGGUGGAAGCACUUAGUGAAUCUGGCCUUUAAGAUAAAAAGAAAAAUGUCUUACACAGCAAAAUACCACCCAGAACACACACCUACCUACUCUAAGGCGUUCUGAUAUCCUCCCUGACAUUUCUGUUUGGCCACAGUAAGGACUUUGGCCACAGUAAGCUUCUCCCUGUGUCAGUGCAUUUGAGAUGCUCUCAUGUUUGAAUGAAGGAAAUGGGUGAUAUACUGUAGCUUACAGAGGCUGACCAAGACUUAUAUUGGAUUGGGUGUUAAAUAUGCAUGAACAGAUUUCCUUUGAGACAAUGUUUUAUGUCUUGUUCGAAUACUGCAAGUGAAGCUUCAAAUGUCUCUGUUGUAAUGAGAAAUAUUGUUUAGGAUUUAACACGGUUGUAAAAAAAAUAUAUAUAUAUAGCAUGACAUAAGUAUUUGAUCACCUACCAACCAGUAAUAAUUCCGACUCUCACAGACCUGUUCAUUUUUUCUUUAAGAAGCCCUCCUGUUCUCCACUCAUUACCUGUAUUAACUGCACCUGUUUGAACUUGUUACCUGUCUAAAAGACACCUGUCCACACACUCAAUCAAACAGACUCCAACCUCUCCACAAUGGCCAAGACCAGAGAGCUGUGUAAGGACAUCAGGGAUAAAAUUGUAGACCUGCACAAAGCUGGGAUGGGCUACAGGACAAUAGGCAAGCAGCUUGGUGAGAAGGCAACAACUGUUGGCACAAUUAUUAGAAAAUGGAAGAAGUUCAAGAUGACGGUCAAUCACCCUCGCUCUGGGGCUCCAUGCAAGAUCUCACCUCGUGGGGCAUCAAUGAUCAUGAGGAAGGUGAGGGAUCAGUCCAGAACUACACGGCAGGACCUGGUCAAUGACCUGAAGAGAGCUGGGACCACAGUCUCAAAGAGAACCAUUAGUAACACACUACGCUGUCAUGGAUUAAAAUCCUGCAGCGCACGCAAGGUCCCCCUGCUCAAGCCAGCGCAUGUCCAGGCCCGUCUGAAGUUUGCCAAUGACCAUCUGGAUGAUCCAGAGGAGGAAUGGGAGAAGGUCAUGUGGUCUGAUGAGACAAAAAUAGAGCUUUUUGGUCUAAACUCCACUCGCCGUGUUUGGAGGAAGAAGAAGGAUGAGUACAACCCCAAGAACACCAUCCCAACCGUGAAGCAUGAAGGUGGAAACAUCAUUCUUUGGGGAUGCUUUUCUGCAAAGGGGACAGGACGACUGCACCGUAUUGAGGGGAGGAUGGAUGGGGCCAUGUAUCGCGAGAUCUUGGCCAACAACCUCCUUCCCUCAGUAAGAGCAUUGGAGAUGGGUCGUGGCUGGGUCUUCCAGCAUGACAACGACCCGAAACACACAACCAGGGCAACUAAGGAGUGGCUCCGUAAGAAGCAUCUCAAGGUCCUGGAGUGGCCCAGCCAGUCUCCAGACCUGAACCCAAUAGAAAAUCUUUGGAGGGAGCUGAAAGUCCGUAUUGCCCAGCGACAGCCCCGAAACCUGAAGGAUCUGGAGAAGGUCUGUAUGGAGGAGUGGGCCAAAAUCCCUGCUGCAGUGUGUGCAAACCUGGUCAAGACCUACAGGAAACGUAUGAUCUCUGUAAUUGCAAACAAAGGUUUCUGUACCAAAUAUUAAGUUCUGCUUUUCUGAUGUAUCAAAUACUUAUGUCAUGCAAUAAAAUGCUAAUUAAUUACUUAAAAAUCAUACAAUGGGAUUUUCCGUCUCUCACAGUUGAAGUGUACCUAUGAUAAAAAUUACAGACCUCUACAUGCUUUGUAAGUAGGAAAACCUGCAAAACCGCCCAUGAGUCUCCCGGUCGCGGCCGGCUGCGCAGUGGUCUAAGGCACUGCAUCGCAGUGCUAACUGUGCCACUAGAUCCUGGUUCGAAUCCAGGCUCUGUCGCAGCCGGCCGCGACCGGGAGUUAUAUGAAACAAGGCCUUAGUCAUACAUUUUCGACUCCACAUAGUACCUCAUGUAGCUACUUAGUCAUUUUACAGUAAUUGUGCAGAUAUUGCAAAUGUCCUUUUACCAGGCGUUGCUGCACACCAUUCAGCCUGGGAAUUAUCUGUAGUCACAGUCUCAUGUUGAACUGUAUACAGUGGUGUGGUGAUAAUUUGUCUAUGCCAGUGAAAACUGUGAAAUAUUUCCCUGUUUAAAUGGAGGGGAAACAGUAUUUCACAUUCAUCACCAGGGCUGUUUACCGCAGAACCUAAUCAUAUUCAGGCCCCCGGGCUAGAACCUAAUCACCUCUUUACCUCGCUCAUACGCUCUCGCUUACACACUCGCUUUUUCCCUUGCUCUCUCUCUCUCUUGCCUGAUUACUUGCUUGCUUUCUCGCUCCCUCUUUCCCUGUGCUCUUUCUCUCUCCUUCUCAUGCUUCCGCUCUUGCUUACCCCCCUUGCUAUCUCUCUCUCUCUCUCUCGCAUGUACACUAUCCUGUCUCUCCCCACUCUCCCCCUCCAGCUCUCACCCCCCUCUCGACCCACACGACAAUCUGCUGCAGUACUAUUAACCAGAGCUUCCGAUUUUGCUGCAACAUGUGCCUCCACACAUUUUCACACACUGAAUCUGAUUAGCCCCAACAGUUCCUGAUAGCCUGCCACACCUCCCCUCACAUGUCCCUCAUUCUACAGCCUCUGGAGGAGGAAGAGAGUGUGUCCUGUCUAGGGGUUAAGACAGUGUCCUCUCUUACCUUCAGCAUAAAGUGACUCUCAACUCCCUAAGGACACUUUUCAUUCUGUCCGCUAUCUACAAGUGUGAAGUGCUGGGGAGAGGGAGAGUGGGAGGGAGAGAGAGAUUGCAUUAACAGCUGGAUACCUUCACUGCCAGGUGUCGAGACAAACAAAAGAUUGCAUCAGACCGAGGGAGAGAGAGUGUGUGUAUGUUUGAGCGAGGAAGGGCACAGCAAAGAAACUAGAGAGAGGGAGUGCUGUGUUCAUUGCAAAGUGAGAGUCAAUGUGCCAUAACAAAUGAACUAGAAGAAGAGGGGGGCACUCCUAAUACAAAGACAACAGUGACAGGCAGGUUUAGGCCCGGAGCAAAACAAACUAAUGUUGACAGCGCCUUCGUGGCCAAACCCGGUGAGUGACCGUCUCUCUCUAACGCAGCUCAGCGGCACUGCGGUGUUCUUUCAGGUUGAGUGACAGCUUGGAAUGAGGGAUGACACCGCAGAGAGGACGGCAGGAGAGAGGGAAAACCGAUAAAUAAAUGAUGGAGGGGGGAAAUACUCCUGGGUGGAAAGGGAGAGAAUAAUCGUCAAAGUGAACACACGAUUUCUCUCUCUUUCUCUCACAAACACACACACACACACACACACACAUAGACUUGUCACCCUCGGUAGGUAAAAGGACAAUACCAGAGUAUUUGCUCAUUCAUAUUCCGGAUAAUGAUGACAGUUGGCAGUCGUGUUCCUCUCACAAUCAGCAAUGGUGCAGAAACCAGCUGCCUUCAUUGUGUGUGUUGAUUAAUGAGUUACAUUACCUGACACGGCGGCCAUGUUGGCUCCAGCACCUCAGCAGAUGACUGAGUGAAUGAGAAGUGAGACAAUGGCCAGUCAGUGUGGAUGUGAUGGUUGUUGGAUGUUAGAUGACAGGUGAUUAACAUCAGCUGGAUGUUAGCGUUUGGAUGAUGAUGGUGAUUUCAGUGGUUGAGUGUGAUCUCUAAGCAUGUUGUGUUUGGGUGAGAGAGCGAGAGAGAGAGAUUGUUGAGUGUGUUUAUGGAAAUCAUGCUGUGUGCGUACGUGAGAAAAUGAGGUGGUGAGAAGGUUGGCUCGCUUAUUGAUGGUCGCUAAUCAAAUAUUGAAUGGUAAUCAUGCUGUGUUUAUGUGCUUGUGUGCUUGUUGAGAAUGGGAGACAGAAUGUUGAUGUUCGCUAAUGUAUAUUGAUGGUUUUCACACUGUGUUGGCUCAUUAUGAGUAUGGAAAAUCUGUGUGUGUGUAUUGAUGGUAAGUCACGUUGUCUGUGAAUGUUGGAUCAUUAUGUAUAUGGUAAAUCAUGCUGUGUGUGUCGUUGCAGGGGUGUCGUUCAACAGCGUUUACACACAGAUCUGGAGGGUUCUCCUACACCUGGCGGCCGACCCAUUCCCAGAGGUGUCUGACCUGGCCAUGAAGGUCCUCAACAGCAUCGCCUACAAGGUACUAAACAUACACACUCUUCUCUCUCCCUCGGGUGUGUGUCUGUUUUGGUUUUCUUUAGGUGUGUUUUAUGCUUUGAAAAGGUCAUGUGGUUUCAUACACGCACACACACUCUCUCGUUCUCUCACUUACACACACACACACACACACACACACACACACACACACUCCCUCUUCCCUGACAUUUUCCCCACCUCGAGACCAUUACUUUUGUGCAAAUGCAAUUAAGGCGAAACGACUCCCCCAGGCCAGCCACUGCAGAGAGGAGAGGCCUGCCGUUACUUAAGGAGGUGUAAUAACCACUGUUGGACCCCCGCGCCGGAGAGAGCCCCCUUGUAUUCCUGCUGCUGACACCAUCCUUUCCUCGCAGCUUUAGGGCUCCCCACUGGAGCCCUGUAAAAUAACAACAGGACUUACUAUAUUAGAUACUGCAUUGCAAUAGACUCUAAUGUAUGAAACACUGCAAUAGACUAUAAUGUAUGAUGCUGCAGUAUUUUUAAAAUAUACAAUAUGGGCCACUGCUGCAGCCUCGGGAAAGUGCAUUUUACCAUGAGUCUCUAACAACUUUUUAUAGUCUCCAGAGUGUACUCACUCUUUCUCCUCAACAUAAUCCACAUUCCUAUGCAACUCUUCACUCAGAGACAGAAACAGGGGGAAGCCCAGCUGGAGAUCCCUGUGAAUAUCUGGAAGUGAUCAAAAUGACACCCUAUUCAAGUAGUGCACUACAUAGGGAAUAGGGUGCCAUUUGGGACGCAUACUCUCUCUUUGUUGUUUCCUGCUUGAUCCACUUGUAGAUGAGCAUGGGAUUAACUAGCAUCUCUCUGUUGCCGUGGUGUUUCUUUCCUAAAAUGAUUUUAGGAGGAUUUCCUUUUAUCAACCCCCCCCCCCCCCACCAUCGCUCCCUCACAAUACAUUCUACUCUACCCCAGGUUCCAAUUGACUGAUUUAACCUGUAAAUGAUAAUUGCCGUAGAAAUGAAAGGUAAUGAACAAACAAUGAGAUGGAGAAUACUUAAACUGUAUGACUUUAUGGUUUGACACAAACAGAUACACACAAACAAAUAUUGGAUUGUACAUUUUGCUGAGCCAUUGACUUUAUCUUCAUAUUCUUAUCGUAAUUAUUUUCUUAUUGUUGCAUUGUCGCGAAGGAACCUGCAAGUAAGCAUUCCAUUGGACGGUGUAUAUUCUGUACAUAAGAGAAAUGAACCUUUAACCUCAACCUUUCUCCCCUCAACAAGAAAAAAACAUCUCACAGGGAUCUUUACUACACACACUCUUCAGCCUGACAGCACUUCAAAGGAAAGAACAGAGGGUCUACCCACGCCUUCACACAAACACACACUUAAAAACAAGUAUUCAGGUAUUCAGCCCGUGCUAAACGCAAUAUCGACUGGAGUGUGUAACAGUUUGGUGCAGCCCACGUCCGUUAAAGCGAGAGCGUCAACUGAGCAAAUCCAAUCCUAUUUUAAUUUGGAUUUUUCACCGAGUUGCCAGGUGCCAAGGAGGAUGGAACUGUGAAAUACAUGCAGCUUCUUUUUUCUCCAACUUAACAUUUAGUGCAUUUUUUACCUUAAGAGGUUUAAGCCUAAAGGUUAAUUGGUUAUUUUUUUAGUAUGUGAUCUAUACUUUGUGAUGAUACGAUUUAAGAUAAGAUUGAAGUAGAAUCUGGAUGUGAGUCUUUGCUAUUCUCUCACACUCCAACAUCAGUCCUCAGGGUUCAUUGUGGAUGAAUGUUAGCCCGGGGUGUAUUCAUUAGUGCAGUUUUGCAACAGUGUUUCUUAUUGCACAAGUUCAGCUAGGUCCCUUCCCAUUUCAGCCUGUUUGCUUCUAUUUGGUUCCUAGUGAAUACACCUCUGGUCCCAGAUCUGGUUUUCUCUUGUGCCAACUCCUACAGACCACCAGUAGGAGUUAGCAAGAGAGCACAAACUGAUGUGGGACCAGGCUUGAUGAAUAUCACUUGCACAUUCGGAAACACUGGUAGAAAAAGCUCUGAAAUCCACUGCAUGAGAUCAUGACCUACCCACUCUUCUCAACCCAUAAUCUCUGAGCCUUACUGCCUUACUCAGCAAAAAAUCACCACUCUCACUUCCACAAUCCCUCCUCCUCGGUACUGCCUCCAUCAAUCAGAUUGCUUCUUGCAUCAGACCACAUCCCCUUCCAACCAAUCACACCUCAGUUUGAGACUGCUUCACAGGGCUAUUAUCGUUUAUCAGGGAGGUAUUCUGUACUUUUGUGCGCCCACAGAACAUUUAAAUCCCCCUUUGAAUAAUGAAACACUCAAAUAUAGAGACACUGGCUGACUGCGUCCCAAAUGGCACCCUAUUCCGUAACAGUGCACUACUUUUGACCAGGGCCCAGUAGUGCACUAAAUAGGGAAUAGGGUGCCUUUUGGGACCCAGAUGCUAUUAACUUUCUCUGCUGCAGAAGCCGUUGGGUUGCAGGUCUCCUGGCCCGCCAGGAGGCCCACUGUGAUAACAUGGUCUAUAUAAUAUAAUAAUAUACCAUUUAGCAGACGCUUUUAUCCAAAGCGACUUACACUACAGUAUCUCUCUAACUUUGUGUACUUUGUUAGCUUGGCUUUUGGAAGUGAUUAAUAAGCAAGGGUAGUAAGUAAUAGAGUGGGAGAGCGAGAUUAACGGGGGGACAGGAUGUUCCACAGCACUGCGUUGGCGUCUCCGUUAAGUGCACCGGUGGCGGACUUAACUAAGAACUCAACACCAUACAAUGCAACAAUAUGUCAUGUUUUGCAUACGUUAUGUUAGGAAGUGUUGUCUAUGGGGAAACGAUAUGCCUAUGCGGCGAAGAUGACUAUGUAUAGACCGGUGGCGGAAGGCGUUGGUUUGAGCCAGCCAGGCACUUAAUGCCAUGCAAUUAUGAAACACAGUUGCGCAACAAUUCUAUGUAAUGUUUUGCAUUAUGCUGGGAAGCGUUGGCUGUUGGGGAACAAUAUGCAUGUUGUUUUCCAUGUGUCGAUGAUGACUGUUUAUGCACCAAUGGUGGAACUCGUCGGUUCGAACUACUCAACAAUUGUAUGUUUUGCAUAAAGGAAGCUUAGUCUGUGGGGUAACGAUAAAUAUUGCUUUCCAUGCCAAAUUCAUGAUGAUGACUGUAUGUUGCAUGGGAACUGACAUACCGGUAAUUCAAUUUCUUACGCUGUCAGACUAACUUCACCAUCACCAGCUCUUACUGAUUGUGAUAAAAUUUCACAUCUUCCUCCUUUUGCUAUUCUCCCUCUUCCUCUUCUUCCGCUUGCUGUGACUGUUGUUUAAUAACGAUAGCUUUCCCUCACCCCUUUACAAAGAGAGAAAAGAUAUCUCCAUUGUUCCUUAGUUAAUAUGAGCAUCUCGAUUAACACUUAGCAAAGACUCCCAUUGUGAGAUUAGAUUAAUUUUACCCUUUGAAGAUUUAUGUCUAAAAAGUACUGCUUCUCACAGCUCUCUCUCGCUGUGAUGGUGUGUGUGUGUGUGUGUGUGUGUGUGUGUGUGUGUGGGGCUCAUGUUAACAGAUUUGUGCCAAUAUGCUUUCUCUGAGUUUGCGUGGUAACUAGCAUUUAUCUAAUUGUCCUUCCCAAACAAUGUAUUAUUUGUUGUGGUGGUGUGUGAUAAUUACUUGGUUUCUCCCACCUAAUUCAUAUUUUACUACUGCGGUUUGUGAAGCCUCUCAGAUUAGUGGCAGCCCAUCAAUAACAACUGUCAUUUCUAUGCUUCUCUCAUAUUUGGAGACACUUUUUAAUCAAGCGCUCGUCUGCAAACACUAGUAAUUGAUGCUGCCGCAACCCACACACACACACGUAUAGUGGUAACAAACUCUGAAACCCAAAACACACACACACACAGUACACACUACUCUUGGUAAUUAGCAUAUAAAUCAAAGGCAAUUCCAGAUGGUGGAAUGUGUUUGUUUGCUGGUGUUAACUGGAUCUCCUAAAGCGCACCAAGUUUUUCUCUCUGCUCUGGCUUUUGUAAACAACUCACUGUUAUUCAUCAGGUUUCCCUUUAUUGAGUUUGACUUUCCUCUGGUGAAUAGCUAUUACAGUUUAUACUGGUCUUGAUUCUGUUAUUGAUGGGGGAAGUAGGGGAGGACUUGUCUCCAUGAAACAGAGAAUUUCAAGGUGUCUGGCUGUUGCUGGUAUUGUUGUAUAGAUUAUUUGUCAAAGGGUAAUAUGUUGAAAUACAGUAGAAGUUCACCCAACUGCUCAAGUUACUGAACAUGGUACAGUAGGUUUCCUUUCAAAGUAUGGUUUAGCUUACUUGCUUGUGUUUUAUGACAUUGAGCUCUUCAUGGCUAUUAUCAUUCAUCAGGGAGGUGGGUUGCACUUUUGUACUCAUGCUCUCUCUCUUCCCUCUCCAUUUGUUUUUAUGUUCCUUAUCUCCAAUACUCUCCAUUUCUCUUCUCCUCUUCUCUCUGGUCUCUCAGGCCCUGUCUCUGUCUCUGUCUCCCCAGGCCACUAUGAACGCUCGGCCCCAGAGGAUCCUGGACUCUGGCUGUCUCACCCAGUCGGCCCCCGCCAGCCCCACCAGCAAGGGCACACACAUCCACCAGGCAGGGUGAGUGACCUGCAUGCACGCUCAACUCAUAUUACACACACAAUCUUCAUAGUCUUAACCCUUCCAGGAAUAUUGGCGUAGCAGAAACACACACACCACUUUACAUCCACCAUCCUCAUUUUCUCACCAAUGCUCUCCUGCCACCUACUCUAACCUCCUUCUCCCUCCCAUAUCUGCGCUUCCCCCAGUGGUUCUCCCCCCAUGCCUAGUGCCAGCAGCUCCAGUCUGACCAACGAGGUGCCCAAACCCCCGACACGCGUAGGAGAACAGCCCCCCACGCGACCCCCCUACACCCCCACGCUGGGCGGACAGGCCCCCCACUCCCACCAGUUCCCCCGCACGCGAAAGAUGUUCGACAAGGGGCCCUCCGGCUCUGAACAGGUACCCUGACAUCUAAGAACUUUAUUUUCUAGAAUCUAAUUUCUGGUUAACUUCUGAGGAAUCGCAACUUUUCUUAACUUUCUUCAGAAGUUUAUAGUAAAGGAAGAAGUGUCAGUUGAGAAUAAAUCCUGGCCCUGGACUACACUAGCAUACCCAUUUAAACAAGUAUUUUAUGCUAAUGACCUCAAUUGCUCAAUUAAGGUUCUGGGGGAAAACAUUAUCCUAGUUGCUUAAGACGCUUAAUUUUAGUCAAUUUAGUCUGUUUGAUUCAUUAUAAAAGAUAUCUCCCAGGCACUCUUAUCUUCUUUAUUAUAUUUUAAACUGAAUUCUUAGAGUGUGGUGGUGUGCAUUAGUGGUAGUGUGUUAAAUUUGAAUAUUAUUUUAAUUAUCUGCGUGUGUCUGUGUUUGUGUGCGUGUUAGGCCGGUGAUGAUGCAGAUGACCCAGGAGGUCACAAGGCCUACAUGAAUGCCAACCUGUCUACAGGGCUGUGUGACUGGAGCGCCAAGUACUUCGCUCAGCCUGUUAUGAAGGUACUGUACUACGCUUCUCUCUCUUUCUUUCUCACUCGCUCUCUCCCUCUCCCGUCUCUUCUCUCCAUUUUCCCUCCCUCUCUCCCUCUCUCCUCCAUUUUCCUCCUCUUUCUCACACUCUCUCCCUCUCUCUCUCCAUUUUCCUCCCUCUUUUUCACGCUCUCUCCCUCACUCUCUCCAUUUUCCUCCCUCUUUUUUCACGCUCUCUCCCUCACUCUCCAUUUUCCUCCCUCUUUUUCACGCACUCUCCCUCACUCUCUCCAUUUUCCUCCCUCUUUUUCACGCUCUCUCCCUCCCUCCCACACACACACACACACACACACACCAAUACUGUAGUGUGUCCCAGUACCUGUUCAAGGAAGCUGUUUAGCCUAUUACAGGCCUAUACAGCUCCUGACCUUCCUUUGAUGGUCAGAGGAAGCAGCUGAGUCACGUGUAUGGCUGUCUCCACACACAUACACACUCACUCACUCCGACACACAAACACACUGUGUCCUCGCACUCACACACAUUCUCACACACACACACGCGCCUUGGCAAUGCAGUUAGGGGAGCCAUCUCUCCAUCCUCUCUGAAAGAAAAAAUAGAAAAAUAAACAUUGCCAGCUCGUCUGAUUCGAGGUCGGCUGACUUUGCCAAACUGACUCUGGUCUGGAGGUGUGAGAGAGAAAGGGAUGGAGAGACUGUAGGUGGAAAAGAGAGGAAGAGAGAGGGGGCUUGAGAAACAGGAGAAAGAGGGAGGAACAAAGUGGGGACUUUGCUGUAGUACAAAUGAGAAAGCUGUGUUUGCAAUUUCUGGAAUGCUCCCAUAAAGAGCCUUUGUGUCUAAAAAUCUGUACACAGGUUAUCAUAUCAUUGUGUCAGCAGUACGAGGGGUGUGUGUGUGUGUGUGUUUGUGUGUCUACAUAACCAUUAGCAGCCCUUUUGUUGUGUGUGUGUGUCCCUCACUCUUUCUCAGACAGGGUCAGUGUGUAAUGUCCCACAUUAGUGGCUGAUACUAGGGCUGCCUAAAUAAUCGAAAUUGCAACAUUGGCAUGUGCAAUAUCCAUAUCGCUUUUUUUUAAGCGCCAUGAAUGUAAUAAGGGUCCCAUGGGAAACUGACCAACACUUUGGUUCCUACCCUGUCACAUCAACUUCUACUGUACCUGGCUUUUUUUAUUCGUUGUCAUGCCAAUUAGAUUAUUUGCCCAUAUCCUGCAGCCCUAGCUGAGACCCGGCAUAAUGACAGCCUCUCAACUUGACACACACACCUACACACACACACUCAUCAGCUCUGACUGAGGCAGGCCUUAGUGUCUUAGCACUGUAGAGAUGUACAAGCAAACAGUGACUUGCACACACUAUUCCCUUGCGUCCUUUACUUAAUCAUUCUCUCUUUCUCUCCCCCCUUCUACUCUCUUUCUCUCCCCCCUUCUACUCUCUUUCUCUUCCCCCUUCUACUCUCUUUCUCUCCCCCCUUCUACUCUCUUUCUCUCCCUCCGGCCAUCUUUUCUUCCUUCUCCCUCUCCCAUCGUACCUCCCCCUCUCUCUCACACCCUCUCCCUCCCUCCACCCACCAUCCCUUCCCCUCUUCCAGUCCUUUUUACUCCCUCCCUGUCUCCCUCCAUCUCCCUCCAUCUGUCCCUCCCUCCACCCCUCUCUCUCUGUGUUAUGUCACUGUGAGUGCUUGGUGGUGAUUACCAGAGCAUAUGAAUCCACAUGCGGUAGCAGCUGCAGUAACAGUCAGUGGCUGUGUCUGAAAUGGCACCCUAUUCCCUAUAAAACGCACUAUGGGCCCUGGUCAAAAGUAGGGCACUACAUAGGGAAUAGGGUGCCGUUUGGGACGUAGUCAAUGUGUGGCUGCUCUGUUAGUGUUUAGUAUUCAGAGGGCAGAGCAGGGAGCCUGGUGGGGCAUGUGCUUAAUAAGCAGCAGCUCUCUGGCCUCGCAACACUCCACCAUUACACUCCAUUAGUCUUUCUCUGUACAUUACCAGCCCUGUCCAUAAUGCUAAUGGUUACAGCUAUACACACAAGGACACGUACACACAUAUAUCUACAUGUGUGCGAACACAGACGCACAGAAACACAUACACACACAUCCACUUGGAAACACACAUAUCUACAAAGAAAUGCACGCAUGUACGUACACACACGUACACACACACACACACACACACACACACACACACACACACACACAGAAACACUAAAACUCAAUCCCUUCCUUGCCCUCUGCAGUUACACCAGAGGACCUCCAUUGAUGUUCACUAAUGAUCCUCUCCCUGUUCUCUCCCUGUCAGGGACUGAGGGAUGGAGAAAACCAUCAACACAUCCUGAGAGGCAGCCCUCAGAAAGAGAGGCGAUGGAGAGGGAGGGGAGGAGGAGGGGAUAAUGGAUGGAUGGAGAGGAGGGGAGGAGGAGGGGAUAAUGGAUGGAUGGAGAGAGGGGGAGGAGAGAUGAUAGGACAAGCAAGGAUAGAGCUUUUAACACUUCAAGCCUAAGAGGCGACCCUCUUCAUUUAGCUCAUUAACCCAUCAUUCCAAAGAAUGGGAUGCCAGAAAGAGAGGAGGAGGAGAGAAGGGGAGAUAAGAGUGUUAGAUGGGCAGGAAGAGGGAGAGUUGAAACGUGGGAGAAAACACUUAGCAGCCUGAGAGGCAACCCUUUUCAUUUAGCUCAGUAGCACAAAGCUCGUCUUUAUACAAGACCAUGAAGGGGUGUGAUUGGAGGAGAGAGUGAGUAAGGGAAGCAAGUGUUUCUUCCUCUCUUAGCUCUGGAAUCACUUUCAGUUUAGACAUGCUUCCGCCUUAUUCAAUCUAAUAGAAAGAAAACAUUUAUCUCUUGCUCCUCUCUCUAGAUUCCAGAGGAGCAUGAUGCGGAGAGCCAGGUGAGGAAAGAGAGGGAGUGGAGGUUCCUGAGGAACGCCCGCGUUCGAAAACAGAGCCAACGCAUCACGCAGAGAGGUGACAUACACACAGAUACACUAUGCAUAGUUACACAAGAUACACUAUGCAUAGUUACACACAGAUACACUAUGCAUAGUUACACACAGAUACACUAUGCAUAGCUACACACAGAUACACUAUGCAUAGCUACACACACACACACACCCACACUUGUGUAGAUUUGCCGUCACUCUUGUAUAGACACUCACCCACAGUAUAGAAAGAAAACUGUGCUCAUGCACUCACUUAGUCAGACAUGCCAUGGCAUACCGUGGCAGAGGGAUAUGGGGAUAUUUCAAGAGUGAUACACACACCAGUGAGGGGAACGUGAGGGGGAGAGAGGAUCUAUUGGAAACCCCCCUUGUUCCAAAAGCUCUGCCAGACGGGUCUCUCUCUGUGUCAGAGGAACCCCCCGCACACACACACACACACUAUAAACACAAUGCACACACUACACACACAUUAAAGACCCCAGGCUUCAGCGCAGCUCCCCCGUGAAGUCAGAGCUCGCUCAAACAGAAUGGCUAACACUCCCACGUCACUGCCAGCCCCUACAACACACACACACACACAGGACACACACACAUGCUCACGAGUCCAUUGGCGUCAGAGCUGAGGCUCACAUACGCAUGUAUCUCUCUCUAUCCCCUUUUAACCAUCCCUUUCUCCCAUCCUCUAAAGUUGAGAGACUAAAAGAUUAAGGCUGCCCUCAUUCUCCUGACAGCCAGAGAAAAGAGAGGGGUAGGGAGGGGGUAAGUUAGAAAGAGAGAGCGAUAGGGGGAGUUAGAGAGAGGGUAACAGAGAAAAGAGAGGGGGCGGACAACAGAGACGGGAAAGAAGAGAGUCGGGGAAUCAACCUUAAAGGCUUUUAAAAACUGAUUAAAGUCUGUUUUUCUCUGUUUUAUUUGUGAUGAAAUACGUGAUGAGUUUGCUGAAGGCAACAAAUGUUACAAUGUUUCCCUCUCGCAGUAUUGCAUUUUGCAUGGUAGAGAAACGACACAGACAAGACUAGCUUUUAAUGAACACCUUUUCAGCUUUUGAUCACCAAGUAGAGAGGCGAAGGUCUUGCCAAUGUCUCGCUAGGCUAGAUUCAAAACAUUUUCCUCCGGUAUUUCCUUUGUUACGACUUUAUGAAAUAUUUUUCAAUUAGUAUUUCUUUUCUGAAAUUCCUGACAGUCUACUUUGAGACAUUCCAGAUAGCCAAAGGACACAUUGACGACACAAAUGAUGGUUGUCAUGGCAAUGUAGCGAGAGCUAGACCUUUAGACAAGGAUUGUAAUGUGACUGUAGGACAAUUGAAUAGGGCUCUCACUAUCAAAUGUUCCAGUCUUUAUGGGAGUUACAAGAGUGUUUUCAUCCAAACAUAUCUUUACUAUCGUGAUACCACAGUCACACACCCAUUUAUAUAGACUUCUAUACUUAUUUUCAUUAAUUGAUGAAGCCAAAUCAUAUAUAUGGAUUGUAUUUUUGGACAAUAUUUUAUUAUCUAUGACUGACUGGUGUUUGAUCCUUGUUUGGUGACUGGUGUCAGGUGACUGAUAGUGCUCUGUCUCCUCCCCCUCUAGGCGUGACGCGUCUGGAUGACCAGAUCUUCAUCAACCGUAACCCUGGCGUUCCCUCCGUGGUCAAGUUCCACCCCUUCAACCCCUGCAUCGCCGUGGCAGACAAAGACAGCAUCUGGUGAGAGACAGCGGUCUUAUACGCAACACCUCAGCUAUAUUUGAAACACAUUAUUUACUGUCUCACAUGAGUCUAUCCCUGUACAUAAUGCUCUACUAUGGCCAGAGACAUACAGUGCCUUCAGAAAGUAUUCACACCCCUUGACUUUUUCCACAUUUUGUUGUUAAAGCCUGAAUUUAAAAUUGAUUAAAUUGAGAUGUUUUGUCACUGGCCUAAACACAAUAACCCAUAAUGUCAAAGUGGAUUUUUUAUUUAUUUAUUUUUAUUACAUUUUUUACAUAUUAAUAAAAUAUUAAAUGCUUAAAUGUAUGGAGUCAAUAAGUAUUCAAGCCUAAAUAAGGUCAGGAGUAAAAAUGUGCUUAACAAGUCAUAAGUUGCAUGGACUCACUCUGUGUGCAAUAAUAGUGUUUAACAUGAUUUGUAACACAACAAAAUGUGGAAAAGGUCAAGGGGUGUGAACUUUCUGCCCUCAGCCCUGGCCAAACGGAGCACUACAGUAUAUGAUAAAUAGGAAGCCAUUUGAGAUGUGGCAAUUGACUGUUUGCUGAUCUGAGAGGACUGGAUAUGUCUAUACAAGCCAUAUAUUAUGGGUUAUUUGUGUUAAUCUCUGUAAAAAGAGUUGAAAGUCAUCAGAACCAGGUCAUUCAGACACAUGCUGUAGUGGCAGCCCUGAGAAAAGUCUGGCCCCUAUCAGGGCCAUGACACAGUCCAGUGACGCACAUAGAGACAUAUCUGGCAGUGCUACAGACACUUGGUUUGAUGUAUAGUGCCGGAAGUAACUAAAGUGCUGGGGAAAAGUGCUGGAAGUAACUAAAGUGUAUGUGUGUUCUCUAGUUUCUGGGACUGGGAGAAGGGGGAGAGGUUGGACUACUUCUACAACGGGAACCCUCGCUACACCCGCAUCACAGCUAUGGAGUACCUCAACGGACACGACUGCUCACUACUGCUCACUGCUACAGGUCAGACACACACACACACACACCUAUACACUGUACACACAGGCAGGUAGCCUAGCGGUUAAAGAGCGUUGGGCCAGUAACCGAAAAGUCGCUGGUUCGAAUCCCCGAGCCGACUAGGUGAAAUCUUCCGCCGUGCCCUUGAGCAAGGCACUUAACCCGAAUUGCUCCUGUAAGUUGCUCUGGAUAAGAGAGUCUGCUAAAUGACAAAAAAAGUAUUAUAUAAAUACACAUACUCGCGAUCUCAUGAACACACACAUACACUCACAGACUCAAUUAUCUUGUACACGCACGCACGAACGUAUGCAAGCACACACACACGUGCAAUAAUCGAACAAACUCCCAAACUGUCAAUCACUUCAGCAUCACCCCAUCGAGCUAAAUGCAGAGAUCUUGAACAAUGCAGAAACCAAAUAGACCCUAGUUGCCUCAAUUCAAGGACACCAUCAUUUUGCAGCAAAUAAAUGUGCAUGUUUUCUCCCUCCUCCUAGACCUUGAAGUCUUAAUAAGCAAGCCUGGCUCACAUCCUCAGACAGGAACACACACUGUUCCCUGGGUGAAAAAAAUGCUGUCUUAAAUAAAAAUAAAAGGAAUUAAGUCGGCAGCAUUAUAUUGAAUUGCUGGACAGCACCAUUCUGUUCACGGCUUCAAAGUCAUAUACAGUCAUGGGAUUUUGUCUGUAAUUUUAAACGUAGUCAUUCAUUCACCCUGGUUUGUAGCCCUGUCUGAAGACUUUCAAAAUACAUCCGUAUUUGAAGUUCUUCCCUACCGUGAAGUGAAGGAUCUAGCAUGAUCAGUCAUUACUUCUAGGAAGAAAGGAAGUGUACAUUGGAACAUGGCCUUGACCUAGGCUGGUUCAAUACUGAACGUUCUGGGAUAAUUUGGCAAUCUGUUCAGGAGGACUAGAGAAACAAGCCCCUGUUAACACAACCUUGAAAUGAGUUUCAGUUUAGUUUGCGGUGCCUUUGUAGAAUGGGUGGCAGGGCUUGAAAGCGGUGGGAAGGCUACCAUUCUUGGAGGAGAGGCACGAGCGCAUUGUAUUGUGCAUAUGAGUUUGUAGAGUUGAAGGAGGCUAGAGGCUGAAGAGACGAGGGAAAAUUGCUUGAAAGUUGCUUUGUGUAAACCCAACGUAAGAACUUGUCAGUUAGCUCUUUUGUACAAAGAUUUGUUCAAAGAUGCAUGUUAAGGGAUAGGAUGCCUCCCAAAUAGCUCCCUAUAUAGUGCACCCAUAGGGCUCUGGUCAAAAGUAGUGCACUCUGUAGUGUGCCAUUUGGGAUGCUGCCGUAGACUGUGCUCCUGUUGUGUUCUAUCGGCACUCUUAGGUCAUGGACGUGCUCGAGGCCAUAGCGUUUAAUUCAAAUCCAUGUGCACAUGCUUCGUCUCAUGGGCACAAAGGGAGGAAGUGUUUGUGCAAGUGCAAAUAUGGAAGUUGUUAGCUACCUCUAACCUUGUAUGAUAAUGUUUCACAUGUUUUUUUCUCUCUCUCUUUGCUUUUCCUUCCUUCUCUCUGUCACCUACCCCCCUUUCUUUCUUUCUGCAAACCUCCCACUCCCACCUUUCUCUCCCUCCCCUCUCCCUCUCUCUCUUUCUCCUCCUCUAGAUGACGGGGCGUUGCGUAUCUGGAAGAACUUUGCGGACCAGCGGAACCCAGAGAUGGUGACAGCUUGGCAAGGCCUGUCCGACAUGCUCCCCACCACCCGAGGUCAGCCAUCCUCCAGCUCCCACAGUAAAGACCACGCUAUUUACCCCCCUAGACCCCCUCCAUUUAUCAGCCUAGACCCUCAGUGUACCUCCCUAUCAACCUCAGUUUACCCCCCUGUCCUACCACCACUACACACAACACAACCUUUACCCCGUUACCCCCCCCCACCCCAAACCCUCAAUCCACCUAGUCCUAGCGUCCAUUAUUCAAGUCCCCUCUUCCUCCCCACCCGUUCAGAAUUCAGACCCCCUUCUCCACACACCCCUUUUCCACCAUCUCUCCAACCCCCUCAUAUUUCCCACUCUACAUCUGUCAACCGCUUGUCUAUGUUCCUCUCUAUAGUUCUGACAUGUAGCCAGUCAGAGAACUACUAUAGGCUAUGCUUAUGGAUGGCAGGUGCAGGAAACGGGCUACUUCAUAAAAAAUAAUAAUACAAAUAAUAUGCCAUUUAGCAGACGCUUUUAUCCAAAGCGACCUACAGUCAUGUGCGCAUAUAUUUGUACGUAUGGGUGGUCCCGGGGAUCGAACCCACUACCCUGGCGUUACAAGCGCCGUGCUCUACCAAUUGAGCUACAGAGGACCACAAAAUACUGCAUUCAUUCAUUUUUCAGGGACCAUGUGCAAUGUUUCAUACAAAUACAGGCAUUUAUUUUGAUGCAGAUCACAAGUUUUGGUGCAAUAUAGGCUUGAGUUAGAAUUGUGUCAAAUCAACAACCCAAAAAGCGCCUUAACAGUAAUCUAAAUGCAAUCUUAUACGUAUGUACACCGGAUUAAUUUACACAAGAUAUACUAAGAAUAUGUACAGCAGUAGAUUUAUUAGUGGGCAAUGUCAAGAAUCCAGUAUAUAAAUAAAUAUGCAGUGUGUGUGUAUAAACAGUGUCAUUAAAAUGCCCAAUGUACAGUAUUAGAAGUGUGUGCGCACAUACAGGUCAAGGAUGAACUGUUGUAUGACAUUCAAUACAUAGCUGAAUCACAUUCAAUUAUCUGUGGUGGGUGUGCAGGAGGACAGGCAAGGGAGCUAGCUAGCAGGAUGUUAGCUUUGACAGCUCUGUGUAGAAUCCUAGAAUGAGACACACUCAUUCUAUUCAAUGAGUGUAUGUGUUCUGACUGACUGACAGUACAGCGGACCACCAGCUGUGUGUGUCCCUAUUAACAAAGAUGAGCAACGUCCCUGCUCAGUGUACCUGCUGAGAGGCGACACACUUAGCUAAGCAUCACAGGGAGAGCUGUCAUACACACACAUCCCUGAAGAUUUCAGAGUAGGGCACAUAUCAUAGUCAACAACAAGGUAUUCAGCAAUCAGGAUUUAGCAGGGUAACCACCACUUCACCUUGGAGGUAGAGAAGGCCUGCACAGCUCAAGCUUGCGUUGAUACGGGUAGCGCAGCUCAAAUGAACAGAUGCCAUUGUGAGAUCAUCAUUGGCAGCGAUUGUAACGGCUUCAGAAGCACACACAUUCCAAAAUCUCCCCCAUCUCCAUAACACAAGCUCUCCCCUCCAUCCAGUAACGGCUUGUGUCGGGUGCUAUUCCUCUUCAUUUUGCCUCAUUUCAUUCAGAUCCUCUAAUUCUGGCUUGCUACUUUGCUGCUACGUUGACUUUGGUUGGCUUUAUGUUCCGUCUUCCUCUCCCUCAUUACAUGAGGGGCAGAACAAGGCUGCUAGCUCCCCCCCACACAGUAAUAGUUGUAUUGGUGUUAAUGAUGUUUCACUAUGCUAUAUGCAGUUAGUCCUGUUGUAUUGCAGAACACACUGACACACACAUUCACAUGUAUACACUGUGUACAAAACAUGUUCUUUCCAUGAGACUGACCAGGUGAAUCCAGGUGAAAGAUAUGAUCCCUUAUUGAUGUCACUUGUUAAAUCCACUUCAAUCAGUGUAGAUGAAGGGGAGGAGACAGGUUAAAUAAGGAUUUUUAAGCCUUGAGACAAUUGAGACAUGGAUUGUAUGUGUGCCAUUCAGAGGGUGAAUGGGCAAGACAAAAUAUUUAAGUGCCUUUGAGCAGGGUAUGGUAGUAGGUGCCAGGCGCACCGGUUUGUGUCAAGAACUGCAACACUGCUGGGUUUUUCACGCUCAGCAGUUUCCCAUGUGUAUCAAGAAUGGUCCACCACCAAAAGGACAUCCAGCCAACUUGACACAACUGUGGGAAGCAUUGGGGUCAACAUGGGCCAGCAUCCCUGUGGAACGCUUUUGACACCUUGUAGAGUCCAUUCCCCGACGAAUUGAGGCUGUUUUGAGGGCAAAAGGGGGUGAAACUCAAUAUUAGGAAGGUGUUCCUAAUGUUUUGUACACUCAGAGUACAUGCAUACACACACAUUCACACUCGCAUGCAUGAACACAAACCAAACGUGCAUUCAACAAGGUGCACACACACUAUUAUCUGCCCUGUGGUACAGGGGAUUUAUACUCCUCUGCCCUCCAGGCUUUUAGAUGAGAUAUGAACUACAUCCCAAAUGGCACCCUUUUCCCUAUAUAGUGCACUACUUUUGACCAAGGCCGUAGGGUGCAUAUAUGAUAUAAGAUGGAGUGUAACUAUCUGGAGCCUGUUUUAAAUGCACAGCAAGUAGUUGAGUAGUGGACUAUCUCACUCUUUUAGUUUUUGAUCCGGGUGUAUCAGCGGUAUUAACAUGGAUGAUGUAAUGCUGGGGAAACUGCAGCCUUGUUCUUCCGCUGCUCAUUGUGUACGUGUCUAUGCGCGCUUAUGUGUGUGUGUAGGUCCUUGCAUGCGGGGGUCCUUGCUAACGGUGUGUUGUGCUGGGGCUGAUGUGCUUCUGACUCUCCUUUCCCCCUUCCCCGGCUCCUCCCCAUCUCCUUUCUGCUCCUCCCCUCGCAGGUCUGGCCAGGCGGGUCUCCAUCUAUCUUGACAGGAGUAAGGGACAGGGAGGUGAGUGCUGCCAUCUUCUUUUCCCCUCAUCUGACUGUGUGCUGCACAAACUCCAGCAGUCUGUCCCUGCACUACUUCUUCCUCCUGUAACCUGACCCCUUCAUCACCCCCCCCCCAGGCCUCUUUCUUCAGUAUCCCUCUAUCAUACAGGCCAAAGCUGGUGUCGUGUCUUCCUACCGGUGGUCAUGUACAAAACAGAUAUGAUGGGUGACAAACUCUGCCCAGACAACUCUCUAGUUUUAACUGUAAGCUUUCGCACGCAAGUUAAAUGCAGAUAUAGCGUGAUUGUCAUGUUUGUUUUUAUGAAUUAUUAACUUUGUUUACUUGUUUUACCCUUUAUGAAUAAAUGAUAAUAAAAACAGUUUGUGUAGAUAUAGUUAGAGCCUUUUUCCAGCGUGAUAUGGGAAUAUGACGUUUCUGGUUCUAUCUGCCCAAUAUCAUUGCAGGGUUCGAAUUCCAGUGGGAAUAGUGCACAAAUCAGGGAACCCCCAUUAGUCUUAGAACUAUCAACACAGCACCCCCCAUAUGUGUUAUAAAAUAUCAUUUUUAGGGCAUCCUCAAUCAUCUAAAGUGUAUAAUUAGAGGCCUGCUGGUCAUGUGUGAUGUUGAUAGUAGAAAUAAUGUCCAAUACUUCUCUCCAACCUCUAGCCCUGAGGCCCUAACUCCAGACUCUAGAGUACCCAUGAUUAGUUCCCUCCACAGCCAAGCAGGGGGCCUUAAAACUAUCUUCAUCCAGACUUGGGUUUUUCCUCUGCAGCUGAAUUAGCAUGCAACGUGUGUCGGAGAGAAGAUAAUACAGAGAUAGGGAAGGAGGAAAGGGUAGAGAGAAAGAGAGGAGAGAAAGUGAGGGAUUGACAGAGAGGAGGAAAGUGAGAGAGAUAUGAGAGAGGGAGAGCCUGCCUGCCUGUUUGGGUGUUUAUUUUCUAUCUGUUGUGGAGCAGCGCAGCGCGAGGCUCCGUCUCCCUCUCAGCCCUCAUUACACCCUAUGGAGUUAUCAUUAGUGUUUGUUUAGCAUUCGGAGACGCACAUCGACUUACCGUCCACACAGACAGAGCGCAGACCUAAUUAAGUUCUCAUGCAGAUGUCGUUUGUAACGGCUUGCGCUCUCCCCCCUCUCUCAUUCUCUCUCUCGUCUAUCACGCCCCCCAACUCUCUCUCCGUUUUUCUCCUGCAGCAGCUUGAGGAAGUUUUUCAUUUAUUUUCUUUUUUCUGACUAGACUAGGGAAGUUUGAGUGAAAGUAGGGCAGUCCUGGGGCUGUUUGGCUGGGGGGGGGAGAUGUGUGUCCUACUCCACAUACACUGGAUGGCUGGAGGCUUGUUAAAAAGGCCUCUGGGAGGUAUUGGCUGGGAGAUACAAGAGCACAAAAGGAUACGUGGAGAGCGAGGAACAGAGUGGGGGGCAGAGAGGGACUAGGAGAGGAACAGACAGAGAGGGACAAACAGCGACUGAAUAAGAGAGAAGGCUCAGAUGGCUCAGCGACUUUGGAUCACUGUUAUAAUACUCAGACUCCCUUAGUCUGUAAUACAGGUUAAAUACAGGCACCGCUCCACUCUUUUGCUUUAUGUCUCUCGUCAGCUCACAGGUCAACUAGCCUAGCACCAAAAGCUUCGUAAAACUACCGGUGUCAGUGUCCAUCAAAUCAACCCCAUCCAUAGUGACACCCUCAUCAUCAAUUAUAUGCUAAAGGGGUGCAGCGUAGUCCUAGUUAAUUCCGUCACCUGGGUCCUGGAGGACACUUUCUAAGCAAACGCAAUGAAGGGAAGAAAAGAGAGAGAGGAGGGGAGAGGGAAGGGUAAAGUCGGCGCGCAGUCUUUAAUAAACUGCGGUGUGUGAGAGCCAAUCCAUCAACAGGUAAUAAUGGUGUGGAAUGAGAAUGCAGAGGCAGUGCUAGUCUCCUCUAGAGAGAAAGAAUGUGUGAUGGAAAUAUAAAGUGACACAGAGGGAUAUAUAAGGAGAGCUAUAGAGAGAAGGGGAUUAGGGAAGAGAGGCAGGGGCAGAAUGAGUAGUGGAAUGUGGCUAUCUUAGCCACUGGAGACCGCUAACGCUAGCUUAUGCGAAUACUAGAUAUAGCGCUAACCUCAUUGCGCUAGCAGCCAGCCCCUAUACGCCACAGCAACACCCACGCACAGGCAGCCCCGAAUAUCCAAUCCAUUGUACAGUAUGCUAAUGCUGACUAAAUCAUUAGCCGCCUUUGUAGUCAUUAUUAAGGAGAACAAUGGGCCUCCAGUUAGGAGGGAAUUUGAGAUGGAGGGAGAGAGGGAUAGAUAGUGAGAGAAUGAGGGAGAGUAGAGCGAAAGAGAGAGAGAGGCAGGGUAUAUAUUCGAGGAGGUAUUCCCCUGUGUAUAACGAGAACCCUGAGAAUCAGAUUGUGAUGAGGCAGAAAUGCCUAGGCUGCACUCCCUCAUAUACACUCCCUCAGUCACGCAUCUCCAUACAUAAUGUCGGUAUUGAUUUCUGUGUGGACUCCUAAGAUCCCUGCCUCACUGGUUAGGCUGCCAUAGGGAACUCAGAUUGAUUCUCUCAUUUUAGGGUAGUUGACUAGUAGCAUAUAGAGUCGGUGUAAGAACUCAAUGCAUUGACCCUGAUGUGACCUAAAGCAUGGAAAAUCUUUCAAUGCCUGAGAUUUUCUUUGGAUUGGAGUUGGUUAGGAAUGAACUGUAUUGAGGGAGUGAAGCAAAAAGAGGUGAUGGAGUGAGUGGAAAUAGGAAAAAGAUGAAAGGAAAGAAAGAGAGAGCGAAAGAAAGAGAAAUGGGGUGGACUUGAAGGGCGUUUUGUUCUCUUAUUGUCCUGGCAUUGGGUUCAGUCAGUGUGUUGACUUGUAAGCAGGGGUUGGAACCGGUUCAGGGAACAAAAAAUAGGGAACGAAAACUGGAAAUAAUUAUGUUUUUUGAGGAACGGAAACAUAACCGGGAACGAAUGUGAUCUCUAGUGUUCAGGAACAUAACCAUUAUUUUAAUAUUUGAUAGAAAUACGCUUUUGGUGCUUAUGGAAGAUUUCUGGGAUCUUUUAUAUCAGCUCAUGAAACAUGGGACCAACACUUUACAUGUUGCGUUUAUAUUUUUGUUCAGUAUAUAUAAACCGGUACUUUCUUCUGGUUUGAACCGGCUCAGAACUUUAUAAUGCUGAUCAGAACAGUGGAAUGGAGCUGAAAAAAUUGUGCUUCUGUUCAGAACGAAACGAUUGGAAAUGUUUGGGGUUUCCAACCCCUGCUUGUAAGCAUUGACUUUAGUACUAUCUGCCUGGAAUAGUUAAAGUAAGAAUAAGCAAGAUUCCCUUCCUCUCCCUCUCUCCUCAUCAACCAGAGAUGGGAAUUUCUCACUAACGCAGAGCUCCAGACUUCAAAGGAAUGCCUCCUCUUCUCCCUCAUUCUCAGGUCUCUGAAUGGGGCCAGUUGUUCUGUGUUUGUGUGUGCACGCGUGAGUGCGCUUGUGUUGUUUGUGUGUGUGUGCGCACGCGUGUAUGUAAUGGGGGAAUCACAGAUGUGCGUGUGAGUGUCCCAGCUCUGUGGGUGGCUGAGUACACUCUGUGAAGUGUUCCCCCCCACGCGUCUGCAUGUGAGCCUGAGCUAGCUAACAGCCCGCGUAGCUGUGACGCCAGAGCUAGCCACACUGGGGCUUUGGAACAGGGCUGUGAGGGAUUUGGACCAGACAGAUAGAACAGGGUUGGGAUUGUUGAUGAUUAUGAUAAUGGGGAAGAGGAAGGAGAUCAUGAUAUGUAGGUGGAGGAAAAGUAGGAAGAGAAGCAGUGUGCGAUUCACUUAGAGAGAGAAAGUGUGUGUGUUUACAGUGUGUAUGUUGCAAAGCCCAUAGCUGCUUUCAGAGUUAUCCCCUGUUCCUCUCCACACCUGUCUAUCACACAGCACAGGUACAACACUCUGGGAAACAGUGUCCCUCUGCCAGUCUUCACCUGUCCGUCAAGGUUAGGCUACGCCCCCGGGCCUCUGUCAGGUGUCACAGAGCGGCUUAUCAAGUACGGUUGAGACGCGACCACAGCUUAGCUCUGUGACUCCCUCUCUCAGUAGCAGCAUAUGGAGGUGCUGACGGCUUCUCUCUCUCUCUCUCUGGGUGUGACACCCUGUCAGUGCUGCCUGCCAGUAGUAACAUCUGGUAGAGGAGUUGGUCUUUUAACCUCAGCCUGUUGUGAGUCACAGGGUUUGCAACCGUCCCAAAUUCCACAUGUAUAUAGCCCCCUACCCUUAGGGUUGGAUAGAUAUUAGUGAUAUCCUGAUGGCUGGUGUCAGACAGUGACCUUUCAUUUGACCCACAGUUGACUCAGAUGGUGUGUUUCCUGUUUACAUCCGCCAGGCCUUCAGUCUGAGUAUGUGUCUGAACAGCAGAACCUGUGCUCAGCUGGUAGAUCGUGUCCGAGUCCCAGACAUUGACAGCUGGGUCUUUGUCAAUGGUGUUUCCGCCUGUGUGUGUUCCGUUGUAUCUUUGUGUGUGUUACUAACCAAUGUCCUCUCUUAGGUGCAGGCAUGGUGGUGGACUGGGAGCAGGAGACGGGGCUGCUGAUGACGUCUGGAGACGUGAGGGUCAUCAGGAUCUGGGACACGGAGAGGGAGAUGAAGGUCCAGGUAAAGAGAAACGCACACACUGAUCAUGCUCCCUAACCUCUUUAUCAAUGACAAUGUUUUGAAAUGUCACAGUUGCCUCUGCACAUCCAUUAUUUAUCAGGUGACGAAUCUCAAAUCCCUUCUACAAGUUAUUGUUUUGACCAAUAGGUCCAAUAGGUCCAUUGGGCAUAAUGACAAUCUGUGGAACUGUGGAUACUUUCCCCCUCUUUCUUGCAUAUCGGUUUACAGUGCCUUCAGAAAGUAUUCACACCCCUAGAGUUUUUCCACAUUUUGUUGUGUUACAGCCUGAAUUAAAAAUUGAUUCAAUUGAGAUUUUGUGUCACUGACCUACACAAAAUAACACGAUGUCAAAGUGGAAUUAUGUUUUUAGAUUUUUUUUACAAAUUAAUAAAAAAUCUAAAGUUGAAAUGUCUUGAGUCAAUAAAUAUUUAACCCCUCUGUUAUGGCAAACCUAAAUAAGUUCAGGAGUAAAAAUGUGCUCAACAAGUCACAUAAUAAGUUGCAUGGACUAUGUAUGCAAUAAUAGUAUUUAACAUGAUUUUUGAAUGACUACCUCAUCUCUGUACCCCACACAGUCGAGCAGUGAAUUUCAAACAAAGAUUCAACCACAAAGACCAGGGAGGUUUUCCAAUGCCUUGCAAAGAAGGGCACCUAUUGGUAGAUAGGUUAAAAAAAAAGCUGACAUUGAAUAUCCCUUUGAGUAUGGUGAAAUUAUUAAUUACACUUUGGAUGGUGUAUCAAUACACCCAGUCAUUACAAAGAUACAGGCGUCUUUCCUAACGCAGUUGCUGGAGAGGAAGGAAACCGCUCAGGGAUUUCACCAUGAGGCCAAUGGUGACUAAAACAGUUAGAGUUUAAUGACUGUGAUAGGAGAAAACUGAGGAUGGAUCAACAACAUUGUAGUUACUCCACAAUACUAACCUAAAUGACAGAGUGAAAAGAAGGAAGCCUGUACAGAAUACAGAAUUCCAAAACAUGCAUCCUGUUUGCGAUAAGGCACUAAGGUAAAAUUGCUAAAUAUAUGCAUAUAUUGUACAAUCCAGGUGUCCAAAGCUCUUAGAGACUCACCCAGAAAGACUCUCCGCUGUAAUCGCUGCCAAAAGUGAUUCUAACAUGUAUUGACUCAGGGGUGUGAAUACUUAUGUAAAUGAGAUAUUUCUGUAUUUAAUUUUCAAUAAAGUAGCUACAACUCCUAAAAAAUUGUUUUUACUUUGUUAUUUUGGGGUAUGGUGUCUAGAUGGGUGAGAAUAGAAUAGGUAUUUAAUCCAUUUUGAAUUCAUGCUGUAACAUAACAAAAUUUGGAACAAGUCCAGGGGUAUGAAUACUUUCUGAAGGCACUGCAUGCAUUCUGGUAUUCAGCACCUGGUGCAACAUUAUCAGUUGUAUUUCCAUUCAACCUGUUAACCCUUUAUUUGACAGACAGUAGUAUGUGAAGUAUUCGAGCCCUGCCCCGGGCUGUAUUGACGGCAAAGGCCAGACGACAUUCUCCAUCAGUCAGCUGUAGACGUGAUUGAUUGAGUUGUUAGCCAGUUACUCAAUGUUUAAUGGGCACCGUGACAACCACAACAUUUGUUAUGUCACGGCAACGACUAUGUAAUUACGUUAAUUUUUUCCCAUAUUGCUUUAACUAAUUGUGUGUGUGUGUGUGUGUGUGUCUACCAGGACAUCCCAACGGGGGCAGACAGCUGUGUGACUAGCCUAUCAUGUGACUCACAGCGGUCUCUCAUCGCGGCGGGGCUCGGCGACGGCUCGGUCCGCGUCUAUGACAGAAGGAUGGGCGCCAACGAGUGGUGAGUGGUCUAACGCGCACAUACAUGCACACACGCUCGUACGCUCACACAAACGCAGACACACACUUUUAAUGGUGCCUCCACACCUUGACUACACGCUUUCAUAAGACUUCAACGGUGAGAAUCAUCCCUACACGCACAUGUACCUCAUCACAUUAUUCUGUCUAAAAUGUGACUUGUGAGGUAAAUGUGAAUGGGCUACUAAUCUUCCUGAUUCAUGACUAAAUCAUAAGGUUUCUUAUUCCCAGUACCACAGAGAGAAGCUGUGUGUCUUAAUGUUUAAUGAAGCUCUCAUCAGAUAUAUUUUAUGCAAGAGUGCUUUUUUAAUCCCCUUAAUUAUCAUAUUACACAAUGUAAAAUCGUUUGAGCAAAGACAAAUAUGUAAAGCUGUUGAUUAGUUUUUUCUACACUUGCCGGACAGUAUAUUCGGUUCACGAAUCUAGUACCGGGUCAGACUACCCUUUGCCUCCAAACAACCUAAAUUCUUCGGGGCAUUCUCCAAGGUGUUGGAAACGCUUCACAGGGAUGUUGGUCCACGCUGACGCGAUGGCAUCUUGCAGUUGCUGCAGAUUGGACAGCGGUACAUUCAUGCUGCGAACAGCCCGUUCCAUCUCAUCCCAAAGAUGCUCUAUUGGGUUGAGAUCUAGGGACUGUGCAGGCCACUCAAGUAAACUGAACUCGCUGUCAUGUUCGAGGCAAUGUUUUUCCGCUCCUCAAUUGUCCAGUGUUGGUGAUCACAUGCCCACUGGAGCCGCUUCUUCUUGUUUUUAGCUGAUGGGAGUAGAAUCCGGUGUGGUCGUCUGCUCCAAUAGCCCUUCCGUGACAAGGAUCGACGAGUUGUGCGUUCCGAGAUGCCGUUCUGCACACCACUGUUGUACUGCCCCAUUAUUUGUCUGUUUGUGGCCCGCCUGUUAGCGUGCACGAUUCUUGUCAUUCUCCUUCGACCCCUCUAAUCAAUAAGCUGUUUUCGCCCACAGGACUGCCACUGACUGGAUGUUUUUUGUUUGUCGCACCAUUGUCAGUAAACCCUAGACACUGUCGUGUGUGGAAAAACCCAGGAGGGCGGCCGUUCUGAGAUACUGGCACCGAUGAUCAUACCACGCUCAAAGUCGCUUAGGUCACUCGUUUUGCCCAUUCUAACAUUCAAUCGACCAGUAUCUGAAUGCCUCAGUGCCUAUCUGCCUGCUUUAUAUAGCAAGCCACGGCCACGUUACUCACUGUCUGUAGGAGCGAUCCAUUUUCGUGAACACCCCGGUGUACUUAAUAAACUGGCUGUUUAUUUGAUGACUCAUAUCACUGUACAUAAUUUAAUUGAUGAGUUGUUCAUGAAGUGAUUUUUGCUGUAUUCUCACCUGUGCAGCUCCCAGCUCUCCUGCCGCAUCUUGUGUCCACACGGUCGUGUGCGUCAUCAAAUGCUUCCCCCCCACAGCCAAACAUUAUUUUAGUUCCCCCCCAAAGAGAAAACAGAGCAAUUAAGCCAUAAAAUGUCCCAUAAAUCUUUAACUAAUGCUAAUUUAAGAGCUUCCCCUCAGGCACUGAGACUGUAGAACACUUUCCCUAUGUGGUCUUCCUGGCUCUCCUUUAAAACCAGUAGAGGGCUAAGCAAACACACGCAUCGCAUACACACAUAGGCAAACACACACUCAUGCACACUCUUACACAACUAUUUUUGCGAAGGGAACAGGGAUAGGUUUUGGUCCUCACUUUCGCUUUCUGAUUGCUACUUACUGCUGGCCCAGGGUCAGAUUUGUUUUCUACUUCUUAAAGCUAGGAUUUGAGGUUAGGUCAUCUAAAUCCUAGAUCUGUGGUUAGGGGCAACUUCUUCCUCAAUCUUCAAUCACAGUGCCUCAGUCACUCAAGGAUGCUGUUACCAUGGAGAGGGGCUGUCCUAUAGUGAUUAUACCAUGUACUUAGGGCGACACCCAGUGGCCAUAUACACACACUGCAGCCUUGCUUACUGUUUGGGGUUUUAGGCUGGGUAUCUGUAUAGUACUUUGUGACAUCUGCUGAUGUAAAAAGGGCUUUAGAAAUACAUUUGAUUGAUUGAUUGAUAACAUAGACUCCAUUCAACACAAUGACACUGCUUUAAAUUCUCACACGUCGGUCACCUUUACACUGCUGAUGUAAAAAGGGCUUUAGAAAUACAUUUGAUUGAUUGAUUGAUAACAUAGACUCCAUUCAACACAAUGACACUGCUUUAAAUUCUCACACGUCGGUCACCUUUACACUGUGUGGGAGUCCAUCCACCCACACUGCAUAUACUUUUCGCAUCUUCCUCUGUCUCUCCUGUGAACAACAACAUGGUUGUAGGUGGAGUAAAGUUGAUGAUGCUUUUCCUCUGUUUCCACAGUCGUGUGAUGACGUACCGGGAACACUCGUCCUGGGUGGUCAAGGCCCACUUACAGAAGCAGACGGAUGGCAAAAUCAUUAGUGUCAGGUAGUGCUCAUUGGUGAUUGAUUGAAUGGUUGAUUGAUUGAUGGAUUAUUUCUGUGACAUAUUCGGGUGCCCAAAUAUGGUCAUACUACUAUUUUCCACUCUCUCACACUCUAGUUCUCUUGCUGUCUCUUUGGCCCAGUCCAAGACCAGCACCCUACUUAUUGUAGAUCUAAAUGGAUGUGAUGACAGGUCAUGUACUGUUUGUACUCCUUCAUCCUCCUCCCCAGUGUUGAUGGAGACGUGCGGUUCUUCGAGCUGCGGUCGCCUGACUCUGUGAACGUGCUGCAGACGGUGAAGGGGUUAACAGCGCUGGACAUCCAUCCACAGGCCAACCUGUUCGCCUGGUGAGUUCACAGGUCACGGCACAACACAGGAAGGGCCUUUAUAAUUGGUCUAAACCAUGGAGGUUAGAUAGAGGACUAGAUGGAUUUAACCCGUUUUAGCCCUCUGUCAAACUCUAUGGUCAAAACUCACUUUUUAGGAAUUAAAUGUGGUCAAUACUAUAUGUCAUGUUAUUAACGGGUGUAAGGUGGGGGACGGUCUGACGAUUUCAACGUUUGCUACAUUUGGUAUAGCAGCUAUGAAACUAAUUUCUCACUCUUUCUUUCAUUCUCUCGUUCUCGCCAUCCUUUCCCAGUGGAUCGAUGAACCAGUUCAUAGCGGUGUACAACUCCAGCGGUGAUGUCAUCAGCAACAUCAAGUAUUAUGAGGGGUUCAUGGGCCAAAGGAUCGGGGCUAUCAGCUGUUUGGCCUUCCAUCCCUACUGGGUACUAUGGCAUUCUUACUCUGUUCAUAGUAGUCUGAAUCCCAACUUGAAAACAUUUCAUGGGAACUACGAUUUGGGUGAAUAAUGCAUUCAAGUGAAUAAGUUGGAAUUGCGUUGGUACAAGGAUUAUACUCUGCAAAACCUAUUAACUUGUACAUGUCUUUUCAUCACACCUAAUUAAACUAAAUGGUUUGGAAAAUGAAUGUUUUUACACCUGUCUUUAUGAGUCCAUUAUAUUUGUUAUCUUUCUCUCUCCCAACAGCCCCACCUAGCGGUGGGCAGCAACGACUACUACAUGUCCAUCUACUCAGCGGAGAAGAGGCUCAGAUAA